UGGGGCUGUCGGGGUCUCUGAGGCUGGUACAGGGGCGGCGCAGGCGCAUUGCGGAGUUAGACAAGUUCCCCGUGGGCUACGAUCAUGGCAUCCUGGCUACCUGCUAUCCUCUCUCUCUGCUUCCUAUACUGCAGCCAUGGGGCUGCCGGGGGACUCCGGAGGGGCUCUGCCGACUCGUGUGGAACUAAGGUGAGUGCCUGUAACUGUGUGUCUGGACUCCCCUCCCUGCACCCCAACUGUGUGUCUGAAUGCCCCUUACUGCACCCCAACUGUGUGUCUGAAUGCCCCUUACUGCACCCCAACUGUGUCUCUGAAUGGCCCUUACUGCACCCCAACUGUGUGUCUGAAUGCCCCUUACUGCACCCCAACUGUGUGUCUGAAUGCCCCUUACUGAACCCCAACUGUGUGUCUGAAUGCCCCUUACUGCACCCCAACUGUGUGUCUGAAUGCCCCUUACUGCACCCAAACUGUGUGUCUGAAUGCCCCUUACUGCACCCAAACUGUGUGUCUGAAUGCCCCUUACUGCACCCCAACUGUGUGUCUGAAUGCCCCUUACUGCACCCAAACUGUGUGUCUGAAUGCCCCUUACUGCACCCCAACUGUGUGUCUGAAUGCCCCUUACUGCACCCAAACUGUGUGUCUGAAUGCCCCUUACUGCACCCCAACUGUGUGUCUGAAUGCCCCUUACUGCACCCAAACUGUGUGUCUGAAUGCCCCUUACUGCACCCCAACUGUGUGUCUGAAUGCCCCUUACUGAACCCCAACUGUUUGUCCCGAUGCUCCUUACUGCACCCCAACUGUGUAUCUGAAUGCCCCUUACUGCACCCCAACUGUGUGUCUGAAUGCCCCUUACUGCACCCCAACUGUGUGUCUGAAUGCCCCUUACUGCACCCCAACUGUGUGUCUGAAUGCCCCUUACUGCACCCGAACUGUGUGUCUGAAUGCCCCUUACUGCACCCCAACUGUGUGUCUGAAUGCCCCUUACUGCACCCCAACUGUGUGUCUGAAUGCCCCUUACUGCACCCAAACUGUGUGUCUGAAUGCCCCUUACUGCACCCCAACUGUGUGUCUGAAUGCCCCUUACUGCACCCCAACUGUGUGUCUGAAUGCCCCUUACUGCACCCCAACUGUGUGUCUCAAUGCCCCUUACUGCACCCCAACUGUGUGUCUGAAUGCCCCUUACUGCACCCCAACUGUGUGUCUGAAUGCCCCUUACUGCACCCCAACUGUGUGUCUGAAUGCCCCUUACUGCACCCGAACUGUGUGUCUGAAUGCCCCUUACUGCACCCCAACUGUGUGUCUGAAUGCCCCUUACUGCACCCCAACUGUGUGUCUGAAUGCCCCUUACUGCACCCCAACUGUGUGUCUGAAUGCCCUUUACUGCACCCCAACUGUGUGUCUGAACUCUAAAACUGUUUCUGGACUCCCACUCCCUGCACCCCAACAGUGUCUGCACUCCCCAAACUGUGUGUCUGGAUACCCCCUCUUACACCCCGAUUGCGUGUCUGGAUACCCCCUCCUUACACCUCUGAUAUGUGUGGAGAUCCCCUCCCUGUACCCUAUUUCUGUGUCUGACUGGCUGCUAAACAUUGCUAUUGUGUAUUUUGUUAUAAUGCUUUAUGUCCCACCGUGGGAUGCUCUGUACAGACCUGAUUUACUUCACCCACUUUAUGUCUCUGUAGGUGGGUGUAAGCACCUUAUUAUGUGUGGUUAAAAAAAAAAAAAUUAUAUAUAUAUAUAUAUAUAUAUAUAUAUAUAUAUAUAUAUAUAUAUACCAAAAAUAUUGGCACUAUUCCAACAUGCAGUGGUACUAUUUAUGAAUAUUUUUUCUUUUCUGGUCAAAAACAAUUGUAUUUGCUUUUGACUUGAAGAAUAGGGAAAUCUAGAAAGCUUGUCUUAUAAUAUGUACUGUUGGUGCAAUAUAAAAUAUCACUGUGUUCUGCAAAACUAUCAGAUUGUAUGUACAAAAUAUACUGUGUGUGGUCGUAUUUCCUCUCUACCUGUUGGAUUGUGGUACCUGUGUAAAGAGUGGGGGCUGUAAAUCAAUUGCAUUUCCCGUCCGUGGUGUGUUAGGGGCAUGUCUUAUAGCCAGGGUCUCAGGGAGUGUGAAAAAGUCACUUCAGGCACCCUUUUCAUCACUCUAAACCUUUGAUUUGCCAGUAGGAGAUGCCUGUCAAGCAGAUAAUGGGGUCACACAGAGUGUGUGGUAAUGAAAGGAUAGGGCAAACCACUUGUGCUGAGAGCUGUGUAGAAUGCUUCAUUGGAAACAUCCUUUGGAUAAAAUCAAACCUUUUUUACUUUCAAUUAAAUUUUUUGUUUUUUUUAAGAUCACUUUUUUCUAAUGUUGUAGAUGUAGAAUAUACAAUGCUUGGUCAGUCAGUAUAUGAAUAUGCAUACUUCCUCCAGCUGAAAAGAGGGUCAUUCUGUUCUAUUUGGUGCUAUAAAUGUAAUUCUAGGUAACCGCAGACAAAUCACAUGAUUUUAAACUUCAUAUCCCUUAACCCACAGUUAAUUUGGAGUUAUAAUUUAGAGGCAAACCACACAAAUUGGUGUUGUAUAAUCCUGAUAAAUUCAUACCCAUGGCUUUAAUGGCACAUAGAUUUAUUUAAUUAUCAGUGAAUUGUGGUGAACUGAGAAACAAUUGCGCAAGUUAUCUAUCACUUGGGGGGGGAUUGUAAAUGGAGUUUUUCAUUUUAGUUUAUCAUGGCCCAAUCUGUAUGAUUUUUGGUUAUCAGUUAAUUAAGCUUAAUUGUUUAGUCAAUAAAUCCUACCUGUAAAAUACAAACAUGCAUGUACAGUAAGUAUGUGUGUAUGUGUGUGUAUAUGUAUGUGUAUAUAUAUAUAUAUAUAUAAAAUCUCUUUUCUUUAGAACACCUCAAGUGAAUGUUUGUCCCAUCAUACAUUAGUCACCAUUAUUUUGUUCUCUAUCUGUGUAUGCAAAUUUGUAUUCAAAAGCCAUUUUUGUUCAUUUUUCUUCUUCUUGCUGUGGUAGUUGUGAUAACCUGUAUUUUUGAUGUGCGUGCAUCUAGCUGAUGACUAAAUGAGAGAGAUUAUUAUCCAACAAAAACUCUCAACAUGGAAGAACCUUUUUGUCUAAAGGUUCUUUGAAGUUGCAAAUCCAUCUUAAGUUACUUCCACUGCUACACAAUCUCUCCUGCUCUAUCUGUACAGCCCUAUAGCUUUUUGAAGCGUGUCUGUAUCAUUACAGAAGUAAUACUUUUCUUUACAGGCUCGCGUGAUGCACGCAGCAAAGUUGUUUUAUCUUUACAUAUUUGCGUGCUGUAUCUCAUUUCCAAAAACAUUUCCGUGCCACUGGGGAAUGUAGCAACAUCUAUUCUAUUCUGGUGAAGAAAAUAAAUUAAAUAAAAACCCCCACCUGACUUGUUUUAAAUGUGGUAAACUUGUUUUUGCACUUCUUCGGAUUGUAUGUAAACUUUUGAAUAGGCCUGCUAAGUCAUUAGAUGACUGAUGGAUGGGCGGCUGUAAUAUAUUGUUUGCUCUAGGGUUGAGCCGCCUUUGAAGUGAGGCCCGUAGGAAACAGAGGAACUGUUUGCCCUAUUAAAAUUCCUUGACAUUUCCUUCCCAUAACCACAAGCCACUUCCCCCACUGCCACUCUGCUCACAGCGGGGACACCUAAACCAUCAAAAUGCAGCAAGACUAUUAAAAGACUUGUACUGUUUUUAUUUACAAAAAUUAAAGAAAAAGUAUUUUUAUAUAUGUGUAUAUAUUAAGACUUUAAAUGAAACUUGGUUGUGGUUUUUGUUUUUUUUGUUUUUUGUUUCUUUUUUUUUUUUUCUUCUUCUUAAGUACAUUUGCCUGGUUCUUAAAUUCUACAAACCGGGCCUUACUGUACCAGCUGUUUGCAGGGAUUCACAAAUUGUGUUUAAGUCUCAUUAAAGCUGCACCUGGAGAAUCAUGCAGUACAUUUUUGUUGCUGAGUCUGCAGCUGCAUCGAGAUUGAAGUUAUACAAUUUUGUUUUUUUUAAAAAAAUUAAAUAAAAAAAAAAAUCGUAGGAGAGGGAAAAUGUAUAUUGGAUGCGGGAGGUCAAUGCAAGCCAAAUUUUAAUCUCCUUAAUUUGAUAUGUUUUUAUUUUUGUAUAUAUCAGCUGCAUAUUGGUAUGCCCUGAAGAAAUUGUAGGAUUAUGGCAGAGGUCUGAGUUUAACAGCAGCUGCGCUAAGUUGGGCAGCCUCGUUCUACUACAGAGCCAAAUUCACUGCAUGGUCUGUAUCAAGUUGUACAAAGCGGAGAGAGAGGUUUUUUUUUUCAUUGUGCAGCAAAUUUUGACAUCUGGAAAUAAACUUUGCAUGGUAGGAUUUUGCUAAUAAAGUAUAAGAGCACUUUUUUUUUAAGGUGUGGAUCCCCUAACUUAACCCCAGUCCUAUAAGUAAGAUCUGUGAUGCUGGAAAAAAUAGCAUACCGGUAGUUUAUGUGUAUUACUACAUGGAUAAGGUCGACCAAACGAUCACCAGUUGUUGUGGAAAUGCAACUUCUAGGAUGUUUUGCCAGUCUCUUUUAUUUUUAUUUUUUUUCACUAUUUCGUAUUAUAUUUUACAUCUCUGUUUUUGACGUAUGCAUCGUAUUGUAAAUACAAUGCAAAUUGCAGGUUUUACCUUCUAUAUUCUGCAAACAGCAGUUUAGAUUGUGGUAUACAGUUAGGUUCAAACAAUUCUGUUUUCAGUUUACCAUAAUUUCCAUUUUAGUAAAUAAUGUCUAAUUUGGAAUGUUUCUGUCGUUUGUUCCAAGUUUAGAAUGCUGCUCCAGAAUAGCUGUGCAAUGCAGCCUCAUUGCAGAUAAAAGCCUCCUGGUUACUUUACUAUGCCCAUUGGUUCUGGUGGCUAUAGUGUCCAUUUAAACUGUUGAAUAUGAUAGUGGGCAUUGUACUUAAAAUACCUUAGCAUGGGCUGUGUGACAUGUUCUCAGACACCCUGCCCCUCUAGACAAUCUAGAAACCUAUCUAUUUUAAAUGCACUAUAAUGCAAAUGACUCUUCAUCUUCCAUAUGUACUCAUAGACAGACAUCUAAGUCUUUUGUGCGGUAUGUAUGUUAAAUCAGAACCCUUUUUGCAUGCAAAUCUGUAUUUGUGUAUGAGAGUGCUUAAAUAGAAAUGCUGAGAUGCUUUAACAUACAGCAUUGUUAGUGUUAAAAAGAAACCUGCUUAUUUAUAAUGUUAAUUUCUCUUCUAUGUAAAUUUCUACACAGCUUCUUUACCUCUUUAGGAAUAUUAUAUGUAUAUGUUAACAGAGUGCAGGUUCACUGUGGGCUCCUAUUGUAUAGGCCUAUCAGAUGCAAAAUGACUUUUCAGUCAUUUCAGUGAACAAAGAACAGGAUCUAAGGAAGGUGUGACCUUGUCCUACAGCCCAGGUAGAAAACAUCAAACAGUUUACAGUAUCUGAGGUCAGGAGAUAAGUGGCUGUUAAAUUUUUUAACAGUAGGUUACAGGUUGCAAUCUACAUGGUAGACUAGCAUUCCAGUAGUAUCUUUAUAAUACUAGGGGCCGCAACCUGUCUUUGACAUGGAUAAUGUGAUGUAAAGUAUGUAAGUGGUUGACUGGGGGUGUGAGUUUAGAAGGGCCUGGGUUUACUACCAGUGAGAAAUAGUCAUUGUUCUGCUUAUCACCUAUUGGCUCAACUGAGUUUUAAAGGACCACUAUAGGCACCCAGACCACUUCAGCUCAAUGAGGUGGUCUGGGUGCCAGGUCCCCCUGGUUUUAACACUGAAGCUGAAAACAUAGCAGUUUCAGAGAUAUUGCUAUGUUUUCAUUAAGGGUUAAUCCAGCCUCUAGUGGCUGUCUCACUGACAGCCACUAGAGGCCGCUACCGCGAUUCUCACUGUGAAAAUCCCAGAGAUGACGCUGACGUCCAUAGGAGAGCUUUGAGUAAUGUUUCCUAUGGGUGGUUCGAAGGCGCGUGGCAUGCGCAUUUGGCGCUGACAUUGGCAGGGGAAGGAGAGGUCACCAGCGCAGAGGGAGCCCGGCGCUGCAUUAAGGUAAGUGGCUGAAGGGGUUUUAACUCCUUCAGCCCAGUGGAAGGGGGGCCACGAGGGUGGGGGGAACUAAUAACCCUAUAGUGCCAGGAAAACGAGUUUGUUUUCCUGGCACUUUAGUGUUCCUUUAAUUUAGAAACGUGACUUGUCCAGUGUUAUAGCUAUAGAAUAUAAUAGAUAUGAUAUAAUGGUGUUGUAUAUGAAGUGUAAACUAAAUAAGUUAACUGAUGCAAAUAUCUUGUUUUUCUUCAACGAUGCAAUUAUUUACAUUAAACUAUAUAGUAAAUAUUUAUAAAUAAUUUUAGGGCAGUUUGUAAUAAGUCAUACACAUUUGUGUAAAACAUUCCAUUAAAAACCACUUUUAGAUCUUUUAAAUCAAUAGGAUAGUAGGUGAAAUUUCACAAAGUGGCUUUAACCCCUUAAGGACACAUGACAUGUGUGACAUGUCAUGAUUCCCUUUUAUUCCAAACGUUAGGUCCUUAAGGGGUUAAAGGAACACUAUAACGUUUGAAAUACAAAUACGUGUACCUAAUCCUGAAGUGUCCUAUUCACGGUUUAGGUGACAGAGCCAGCGCUGCCAGGGUUAAAAAAGGUGAUGUAGUUACCUUUUUGAGCCCUCAGGGCAAAUGUCUCCUCUGUGAUGCUCCGCCUCUUUCCCUGAAAUCAUCAGUGUUGAUCUAUUCUAGGCAUUAUGAAAGCAUUGGGAGGCUAGUGUGCAUGCGCAGCAAAACUGCACCAAUCAGAUGAUUUAUUUGAGACGAUCUGAUUAAAAUAAUGGAGUUUUAGUCUGCUAUUUUACAGAAGCUGUCAUAUUAAGUCAUUAGAGGCAGGUUAACACUGCAAAGAAGUCAUCCUGCAGAACGGCAAUGUUUUCAGUGGUUAAAACCAGGGGCACAUGGCACCAAGUCCACGUCACUGAAGUAAAGUGGUCUGGGUGUCUCUAGUGUUUCUUACUGGAGUGCAAUUUGACAUUUUUGUGCAUUCUCCUCAAAUAGUGUUCAUUAGUAUUCCAUGUUCUUUAAUGGUUACAAUGUAAGCUGACCAUUUAGCACAGCUUUUCACUCUACCAGGAUACACCUGCGUAAAGGACCACUUUAGGCACCCAGACCACUUCAGCUUAAUGAAGUGGUCUGGGUGCCAAGUCCAGCUUGGGUUAACCCAUUUUUUUGUUUCAGAGAAACUGCUAUGUUUAUGAAUGGGUUAAGCCUUCCCCCAAAGCCUCCUUUUCACAGUGGGGGGCACCCUCAGGGCACUAUAGUGCCAGGAAAACGAGUAUGUUUUCCUGGCACUAUAGUGGUCCUUUAAUGUGCGGGUUUAGCAUAGAUCGCACAAGGGCAAUUAUUUUGGUCAGUGGAUCAAAGCUUUUUACUAUGUGGGAUCUUGCAGAACAUUCAAUUUGAUGUUUGAUGGCAGGGAAUUGUAGUCAUACAGAUGAGGGCAAAUUUGGAUAAAUACACUCUAUAGCGUUAAAGGGACACUAGUCACACAUCUCACGUCAUCUCAAUGAAGCGGUCUGGGUGCAGUGACCCUACCCUUUCUAAUACUGCAAUGCAAAACAUUGCGCUUUUUACAGUGCAGGAUUAAAUCCACCUCUAGUGGCUGUCAGUAAAACCUUUAUUGUAUACAAACCUAUAUUCCUAUUGCUAUAGAGUUCCUUUCAAGCAAAUGAUUAAAUGGGCAUUGUUUUUUUUUUUUUUUUCUUUCAAAAAGUUUCACUAACAGUCAAAAGACCAAGACAAUGAUCCUUGUUAAAAAAAAAAAUAUAAAAAAAGACCUAGUUCAUAUAUCCGGUAAUCUACAUGUCAUCAGAAACUGGAUCUCCUGACUGGAGUGAGUAGAGAAACAUUUUAAAACUAAGAGGAAAGAAAGGAGAAAAUCUAUUAAUUAUUUUUUUUAUUCCCUCCUUUUCUUAACGAAUCAGUGAAACAAGUUAUAAUUUGGUUCACUAUCCAACUUAAGUUCUUUCGCAUGUUUCCAUGAUCUAAUUGUUGGGAAUUCAAAGCAAACGCAACAUGGAAAGUAACUUUUUUGAAUAUAAAUUUUUAACCAAAAAUAGAAUUGUAGAAUUGAGCGGGGAAAAUCUCCAAGUAAGCUAUUUUUUCAGUGUGCCUAAAAUUUGAAAUUAACUUUGAAUUUACUUACAUUUUAAAGUUAAGGGAAUAACCUUGUGCUCUUGCACACUUUUGACUAUGUGUGUACAUCAUAUUAUCGCAGAACGUUUUGUUUUUGAGGCACUGGGGUAUUUAUUCUAAAGUGGUAGAGGUUAACACAGUGAGGGAGUUUAAGCAUGCGUGGGAUAGGCAUAAGGCUAUCCUAACUAUAAGAUAAGGCCAGGGACCUAUUGAGAGUUUUUUUUUAGAAAACUGGGCAGACUAGAUGGGCCGAAUGGUUCUUAUCUGCCGUCACGUUCUAUGUUUCUAUUUAUUUAUGGCUAUUUUAACAAGCAUUUUAUUCAUAAAAGGAGAGAUGUCACUACAGUAUCAGUUAAGGGUACAUUGAGUGCUAUUUAACUAUGCACUUGAGAUUCCAUUUUGUUGUCCAGCUGUUAGAACAUACCUAUAUGUUUUUCAACUUUGAGGUUAUUGGUAAUUCUAGAUUUUUCUUACAUAUGUACGUUUUUUAUUUAUUUUUAACAACUACAAAAUAUACAUAUUACAUGCACAUGUGGGGGAGAGCAAUUGCUUCACUUAAAUCACCACUGCCCUGCAGGAUGCAUCCUAUAUGUUUCCGUAAUUAUAGGGGCAGUACGUUAGUUUCAGCCCUUUCCUUAUUUUAAAGGGCACUAAAAUACUUGCUGAAGCAAAAUUCACCUUUUGCCCUCCAGGUAGCAAUAAACCAAAUGGGUGUAUGUUUGUACUGGGGAGGACCCCAUUCUGCGCUAAAACUAAUUGCUACCCAUAAUUCAGCAGGGCACAAGAAGGUCAAACAAGCCAACUUCUUAUUACCCUUUCAGUGUGAGGGGAAUUUGCAAACAAGGAGAGUGAAACCACCGUAAAUUAGGGCCUCAGUUUCCUGCAUUUGCCAGGAUUUUUCUUAUUUUAUUUAUUUUUUUUAAAAAGUUUUAUUUUUGGGUCCAACAACCAGUCUCCCCUCUCUUUUUCUUUUGUUUGUUAAUGUUAGCAUGAUGUAAACAUUGCUUAAUUAAACCUGGGGUAUUUAAAGAGGGAUAUAACACGAAACAGCUGUCCCUUGAAGCAGAUCAGUUAAAAAAUCAGGAAGCCGGGGCUUUUCCUUGAACAUGAAGCAUGUGUUUGUCUGUGGAGCUGGUAAUUUACAAGAGCCACAAUUAACCUCUUCACCCCAGAGAGUGAGUCUUUAGGGCCUAUUCCUGCAUGAUCCAUGAUUAAAGAAUAGGUGAACCGGCUGCCUGGGAUAAAAUAAUCUGACUCUAGGGGAGAAUAGUUUCUUAGAUUUCUACUCUCUCUAUCUGUCAGGUGCUUAUAAAAUCAAACUUGUGCUUUCAUUGCUCUCAACUUAAAGUUAAAGGAACACUCUAUUGAAAAGUUAUUAGAAUAUAUAUUUCUCAAAGAGAACAUGUAAUAAAAAUGCAUGUUUUCUUUGGGGGCCGUCUGCAGCAUUUGCAAGCUCUUUCCGACAGAUUGCUGGGGAAUGUUCCAAUCAUAGGGCUCUCGUUGAGUACAUAAUCACGGCUUUCCAAUGCUUCUCAGUGAGUUGAAGUAUAGCUCAUUGAGAAGGGGGGAGGCAGGGCGCUUCUGUUAAAGAAGAAGGAAAAAAUGCUUACCUGACUAAGUGACAGUUCGGCUUGCUGCACCAAUUCUAAAGUUGUCAGUUUCUAGUGUCACAGCUAUAACAGACUCUAGAAUGUCUCUAGAAAGUGCUUUAUAUCUCGAGUGUUCCUUUGAGAACUUCACUUCUUAUAAUGCUCUUACAGCCAUGAUGCUGGCAAAUCAUCAGGGAAGAUGUAGUCCGCAACAUCUGGAUUGCUAUAUGUAGCCUACCCCUGCACUUAUAGGAUGUAUGCACGUUCUAGUUCUGCUGAUUUAAAAAAAAAUAAUAAUAAUAAAAGUAAACAGAAUAAUUUUUAAUGUGCUAAACUAAAGGGACAGUUGAGUCACCUUAAGGCACCAUAACUACUUCUGAAUUAAGAUUUUAUGGUGCCAAGAAGUCAGUGACUCAAGGGCUUAAACCAUUUUCAAACGGUAUAACCCCAAAGUUGCCUCCAGUGACUAUCUCAACAUCCCCCUCAGGAGGAAUCUGGAUUCUGAAAUGUCACUUUCAGGAAUCACACAGUGCCCCCGGACAUGGGUGCUGCUGCUUGGCUGAAGCCAGUCAGUUUACUUUCUCAGCCAAUCAGUGACUUUCUAUUCAACAAAACUGGCUUGGAAAAUAAAUUUACCUUUUUCAAGCCAGCUUUGUGAAUGGUGCAUCACUGAUUGACUGAGAGUGUUCGCUGACCGCUCUCAGCCAAGCAGUGGCACCCCCGCACGGCGACACCCCGCGCUUACUGAAAGUGAAAAUUCAGCAGCCGGAUGUUAAGAUCGGCGCUGGAGGCAACUUUGGGGUUAAACCGCUUAAAAACCAUAACCACUUAAUUUAGAUAAACAUCUUAUGGUGUCUGGAGUGUUCCUCUUAAAUAAUUAUUGGUAGUAAUUGAGGGGGAAAAAAACCCAAUCUGUUCUGAAAUGUAAAUAUGUAAAAGGGAGCAGUCUCUAAUGCAGUGUACUUGCUGGUUCCACUGGUUGUCAUGGUGUCUGCUCCACCUUUAAAACUUAAGACCACUUUUCAGAAAACAACUUUUUAUAUAUUAUGUUCAGAAAUUGCUAGAUUUGGUAAUCGGCACUUUAAGUGAAAAUAUAAAUUUAUAUAUAAAUAUAUUAUUUUAUCCUUUCAAUUUACAGCAUGAAAAUAAUCUAUGCAUGCUAAAAUGGGCGAACAGGUCGCACUGGAGACAGGUCAUUCUUGGUUUAAUAAUGCAAAGCCUGGGUCAUAUGCGGACAUAUCAAAGAACUGUAAUUUUAUCUUCAUUGUUUUGUGUCAAUCAGCACCAGUGUUAUACAAUUUAUUGUGGAAUUGCACCCAAGCAGUGCAUAACCCAGCUAUACGUUUACAUGUAUAUAAGUGGUAUUGUGCAUACGUGUAUAUACGUGGUAUUGUUAAAUUAUCACACAAGCAGUUUAAUUGUGCUCCUUUUCAGUAUCUUCGUAAGAUGGUAAGCUGCAUGUGCUCCUCGCCCCUUCUUCGUUACUUUUCUUCCUUGUUCACAGUUUCGUUAAUAAACCCCACUUGGAUUUUACUGUUUAAUCAUUCAACAAGCAUGUUUAGUCAACACUCCCUUUUUUAAGUGCCAGUUGGGUAAGGGACAAAUAUCAAAGCCAAGCAUUGUAUGUUCCCUCUGGCAUGCCGAGAACCUCUUAAUCCUAGUGAUUUCCUUAAUAAUUGCCUGUAUUAGUAAUUUAUGUUGAAUUCACUCAAAUAGUCUUGGAGUAGAUAAGUCUAUGCAUUAUAUGUAAUGCUCCUGGGUCCACUAGGAAUGAUAUGUAUAUUAUAUUCUCUUUAACUGCACCAUCACAUAAAAGGUUAAAUCAUCUGUGCUCACGUUACCCAGAAUCCUUUUAUGUCACACAUGCUAUGAAGGUGACAUAACCAAGUUAGUACAUGUUGUAAACUUGUCUUCCAUGCUUUUUGUGUGUAGAUGUCAGCUGAACAGCUGUAACAAGCUGUCUGUGAACAGGGCUUACGCCCUAUUGCUCUAUUCUUAUUGCAGGAAUCGCUCCCUUACCACAUUUAUACUCAAACUGGGCAUGGCAUGGUAUCUGGCAUAGGCUCCUUACAUUUUUCAGUUUUUGUGAAAUUCCCCAAGAACUUUUUUUAAUUUUUUUGCAACCACAAUAAUAAUGAAAGUGAAAGUGUGAAAAAUGGCAUACGAGAACUAUAACUACUGUGUUAUUUUGCACCUGGAGCAUGUAUUCAGCAGAAAAUUGCUGCAGAACUUGUGUGUUCUGGUUUUUGUUUUUUUUUUUUUUUUUUAAUCUUGUUUUGUUCUUUUUCACAAAGGGGUGUAAUACCUAAACUAGGAAUUGCAAAGUAUAGCCAAGGCACCAACUUUAAACCAUUAUAGCUAAGCUGGAAAAACAGAUCCGUUUUGAGAAUUGUUCUGCUCUCAUCAUUAAAAAAAAAAAAAAAUGUUUUAUAUAUAUUUUGGAGGUUUGAUUGACACCUUAGUUUUUGUUUUACAGUACAGGAAUAAAACAAAUUAAAUAUUUGAGGGGUGUGUCUUGUGUUUGGACUCAUAACCUACACUCGAGUAAAUAUCCUACAAUGCUAUUUACCUAGAGGAUGAAAUAAACUUUCUAUAGGUACCAUUUCAAAACGUUUUGUUUCUGUAUUUAAUGCAUUUUUGUCUGGCGCUUGCGUUUUUUGACAUGGGAUCCAUAUGAUUUGUAACAUUAUUUUGUCAUUCACAGUGCCACAAGUUUUAAUGCUUGAUCUGAGAAACAUUAUUUGUUUCACAGUCUUAUAAAUGUAGAACAACAAAAUUAAUCCUACCUUCCAAGUUUUUUUUUUUUGGCACAAGAGGCAAAAUUCUGAGAUGGGUUGUUUCUUGUUGCAAAUAAAAACAGGAACAUAACCGCUCAAUUUUAUUUAUUUAUUUUUAAAUGCUUUUUUUUUUUUUUUUUCCUGGUUCAUCGCUGAAAUUCAAGUACUUUUUUUCAACCAGUGUGCUUGCUUGUUGGUAUUGGAAACAUUUUUUGUUGCGCUUAGUAUUCCGGUAAUCUUUAGCGCAUGAAACGUGGAUUAUAUUUUUGCUGUAAGUGUCGAUUUCGGCCCAUUGUCCUUUCAUACGAAACUUGUAUGGAUUACCCAGCGCCAAACCAUGGCAAACCCCUGGAGCCAGGUAACCAUGGAUCCCGAAGUGUUACUGCUGGCACGCAGUAUUUUUUGUCUAUAAUACAGAGCUCUCUAUGGACACAACUCUUCCUGUGGCGCCUCAAAACGACAGGUUGGCUCCUAUGUUGUAUAUAGUUUUGUCCAAGCUUGGCCGUAGUUGGCUUUAAACCACUGGCACUUGAAGUGUUAAACAUUUUCCCCAAAGGAAUGUUUUGUAUUUGAAAAGGACACUUAUGAAAUGAGUGAAUUUUUCUUUCUGUUUACCCAGACUCCUUUGCAAUAAGUAUUCUUUGGCACAAGCUACUCAAGGGCAUUAGAACUGGCAGAAUCUGGGACAGCAACAGGCGUAAAAUAUGUUAAGGGUCUUAAUUCAGAGCUAUACACAGACUGAUUGAUGUAUGUCCAAGUACUCAGAAAUUCAUUGUACAUUUUAUAGAAAAUGUUGCAAUUUUUUUUUUUCUUUUCUUCACACAUCUACUAAUGGUCUGCUUUCCAACAUUUUCUUUCACACCCUUUUCAGUGAACAGUUGGAAUAUAACUCAGGAGAUUGCACCUCAGGGAGGAGAUUUGGAAAAUAGAUACCGCCAAAAAACAUUGCAUUGCAUUCUGUUUGGAUCUUCUGUUGUCGAGACGCACAUUUAUGCCAUGUUUUGAGCUGGGGAGGGAAGUCCAGUAUUACAGCUUUUUCAUUGGCUUAUUUGAACAUGACACUGGGGUCCAAUAAAAAUGUAGAGAUGCUGUUCUUGCCACUGACUUACAAGACAUACUGUAUAUACUCGAGUAUAAGCAGAGUUUUUCGGCACAUUUUUUGCGCUGAAAAACCCCCACUCGGCUUAUGCUCGAGUCAAUGUCUGUAUUAUGGCAACUUACAUUGCCAUAAUACAGACCAGGACCGGCGGUCCUGUUAGGGGAUGGCAGUGAGCUGUUACCUACCUUCCUGCAGCUCCUGUCAGCUCCCUUCUCCUCCAUGCUGCUCCCAGUGUAAAUCUCGCAACACCCGCGGCCAUCAGAGCGUUGCCACGGAUUACAGUGGCAAAUCUCUGCGCGGCACAUAGACUGCGAGGUUUACACUGGGAGCAGAACGGAGCUGACAGGGGAGCUGCGCGGAGGAGCUGCACCCAGUUUAUAGACACUGCAUUAUAUACACACACUGCAUUAUAUACACACUACAUUCAUACACACACUGCAUUAUAUACACACUGCAUUCAUACAAACACACACUGCAUUAUAUACACAUACACUGCAUUCAUUAUAUACACACACUGUAAAUAAAUAUUCAAUUAAUGUAAUUUUAUUGGAAUCUAAUUUUAUUUAGAAAUUUACUUGUAGCUGCUGCAUUUCCCACCUUAGGCUUAUACUCAAGUCAAUACGUUUUCCCAUUUUUUUUUGUGGUAAAAUUAGGGGACUCGGCUUAUAUUCGGGUCGACUUAUACUCGAGUAUAUACGGUAAUCAAGAAUACUACAGCCUAAAGUAGUGGCUCUGGUGUUUAUAGCCUGUCCCUGCCUAUAUAUAGCAAUAUAAAUGAUGCCUAGGAAUACCUCUAGUGGCAGUCACUCAGACGACAACUAGCAGUGCAUCCUAUCUUAGGGCUGCGCAUCUCUGCAUGGAGAUCCUGAAUGCCCCGCAUAGGGAUGCAUUGAUUAAAUGCAUCUCAUGAGGUUCUGAUUGGCACAGUGUGGCAGCUUGCUGCACAUGCAUAAUAGCCUUUCAAUGCUUUCCCUCAGGAAAGCAUUGGAUUGGCUGAGAUUAUCAAGAUUGGUGAUUUCAGCCAGGGUGACCUGGACUGCCAAAGCACGAUGAGAGAGAAAGGGGCACUUUAAAACCUUUUGGCUACAGUCUCAGGGGGUCGGGGCCCUAAACAGCCACUCGUGUUUGUAUUCCUAACACUAUAGUGUUCCUUUAAGGUUCCGUUACAAUUAUUGUGUUGACGUAUUGUUGAUAUAUUUUAUACAUGUGCCCACUUCUGCUGUAGCAAAUUCUAGAUCUCUUUCUGUGUAGCUGCCCCUCACAAGUAGGAAGUAGCUGAGGUCUCCUAGCGAAGGCCUGGUCAUUUCCCCCUAGAUCUAUACAUAAAGCUUUAUACAGGGUUAACGUACAGAAACAAACACAUGCUUUAAGAGCCAUUAGAUGCUUUACUUUCAUUGACAAAAUUAGUUCUAUCUGUUCUUGCAAGUGAAUGUAACGUUUUGUUGAUAAAAUUCUGUGCCCAGGUAUGUUUGACACCGACAACUGUAUGUUACAUGCAGGAUAGCUCAACACUUUCUCUUGGAGAAAGGGCUAAAUUGCAAGAUAUUUUUAUAUUUUUUGCAAAAUAAUAAAUCUUUAGGAUUAGGCAGAAAAAAGUACAGCUAUUGUAAUAUGUUCCUUCAUAAUGUAAUGUGGGCUGCAUCUUUGUAAAACUGGUGCUAUGUCAGCAUACGUAAAGGGUUACAACAAGUUCCAUGACCACUCCAGGGUUUUCCAAGUGGUUCUGGGGCAAAGGGACUGUAUAGGCGGUGUUACGGUAUGAAGAGCUGCAGGAUUAAAACCAUUGAGCUGAAGUGGUCUGGGUGACUAUAGUGGUCCUUUAAUAGUGCUUGUUUUAAUGCCAUUUUUAAAAUGUUUGGUUUUGUGGUCUAUUGACACAUUUAAUGCUUUCCCAGUUAUUGGUCCUUAAACUGUUAAAUCAUCUCUACAGUAUCAACAUCUAGUUUUGAGAUGGACAUUGCAGACAUUCCCACAUUUGGUAGCCUGGCAGAUCCUGUGGUAUUUUGGGACGCAUUGAAAUGCAUCGAUGCAAUCACUCUGUGACUUGGCUUCCCUUGUGAAGAGCUGUGAGAAAAUUCCUGGUUGGCUGGCUGUGAAUUACUGAAAAUCUGUAGAGUGCUUUGCUAACGGUAGCCCCUGGGGUCUUUAAAAAAUAGAAGUAAUUCCCUUUUUAAUAAUAAAAAAGUCAGUAGGAGUAAACCUGCUUCUUAAAGAAUACAAAUGAAAUGAAACAUCUGCGACGUCUCGACCAAUUGUCCGCUUCAGCACAAUAAGGUUCUCCCCUUUGCCAGAAGUAUCCAAGGUGACCCUGCAUUCAUUAGUUGCUGUCACACUGUUCUGCUCAUUCUUCGUCUCUUUGAAUGCUGACCCGUUUGUGUAUUAUGGGAAUUGUCGCUGGCAGUUCUUGCUACCUGUGUCCUGAUAAUGGCAUCACACGGGGACUUUGGCAGCAUUUUGGAAUGCCUGGUCAUUGGUUUUGAUUUGCUCACAAACUCUCUGAAUUCCUUUUGACAGAACAGAUGACAGGCUUUAAAGACAAACUAAACUUAUGCUUCAAAACUCUUUUUAUAUCCAAGUGAAAUUUGUCAUGUUCGCAAUUUAGAGUUUGAUAGAUUCCACUGUUUUACAGACGUUAAACGCAACAACAAAAAAGUUUCUGCUCAUUACAUUUGUUAUUUAAUAUUUGAUUAUAUAUGACUGCCUACUUGUAUUGUGACGAUGAAAAUAUGUUUCCAGUUAACAAGAAUAUAGAAAAGAAUAUAAUUUUAAAUCAUACAUUUGCAAAGUUGGUUAGAAUAGUCUAGUAAAACAACCACAACAUCCUCGACACACCUAGAUGACCUCUUAGUGAUGACAUUAUUUGCGCCCUUGUACAUUUAUAUAGAUAGAGCAAUGAUUCUUGUCGCUGCCAUUGCCAUCCAUUUUGUGUGUAUGUCUCAAGGACUGUAAAAUUGUAGAAAUAGUUACCUAUUUAUAUUAUUGAUGGUGUAGUUCCCAAUCCAUUCCUCAAGGCAAGCAAAUGUUACAGGUUUAACAUAAAAGUGAAAUGAUGCAGUCAUGUGGUGUUCACCAUCUUUCCCGAUACUGCAGUCUCCCAAAUAGCUCCUGACGUCUGACUCCGCGGACUUGUCAUAUUCCACGCUCCUUUGUAUUUUGGCGGUAUGGUUAUAAUAGGAGUAUCCUGUGCUCUCAUUGACUUAAUAGAGCAUUCUUUGUGUUCUGAUUCUCUGUAUUCUUUACCUAACUUGCUUAUUGACUAUAACCUUGACCUGAUUCUGUUUAUUUGAUUAUCAGAUUUCUGGUGUCCCUUGACUUUGGCAUGUCUAAUGUUCAUUCUGUCAGUCGGACUUGUAUGAAUCCCAGCCAUCGCUAAGGACCAGUAACACGUUCAGUCUUCAUUUUAUACUCUGGUUAUACUCUGCGUCUUUUGGUUUACUCCCCCCUCUUCCCCCCCCUCUUUUCCCCCCCCUCUCUUUCCCCCCCUCUCUUUUCCCCCCCACUCUCUUUCCCCCCCUCUCUCCCCCUCUCUUUCCCCUACCACCUCUCUUUCCCCCCUCUCUUUCCCCCCCUCUCUUCCCCUCUCUUUCCCCCCCUCUCUUCCCCCCCCUCUCUUCCCCCCCUCUCUUCCCCUCUCUUCCCCCCCUCUCUUUCCCCCCCCCCUCUCUUUCCCCCCUCUCAACACCCCCCCUCUCUUUCCCCCCCUCUGCUCCCCCCUCGCCCCCCUCUCCCCUCUCUUCCCCCUCUCUCUUCCCCUCUCUCUCCCCUCUCUCCCCUCCUCUCUCCUCCCCCUCCCCUCUCUCUUCCCUCUCUCUCCUCCCUCUCUCUCCUCCUCUCCCCCUCCUCUCUCUCCCUCCCUCUUUCUCUCCCUCCCCUCUUUCUCUCCUCCCCUCUCUCUCCCCUCCCUCUCCUCUUCACCCCUCUCUCCCCUCCCUCUCUCACCCCUCCCCUCUUUCUCUCCUCCCUCUUUCUCUCCUCCCCUCUCUCUCUCCUCCCCUCUCUCUCUCCUCCCCUCUCUCUCUCCUCCCCUCUCUCUCUCCUCCCCUCUCUCUCUCUCUCUCGACUUGGAUACAUUAUCCUAUUUAAAAAAAAAAUGUAAAUUCCUACACGAACAGUGUAUUUGAUAAACACAUCAAUGUUAACAGAUCUAUAAAUUUCACCUCUUUUCCACCUGCACACCCCCUUCUGGAAACUGACUAUUAAAGUCCAUAAAUUUUGGAUUCCAGCAGCACUGGAUGUGCCUAGUUUUGCUGUUUAGUAUUCUUUCAGCAUUACUGCAUGGAAACUAUAUCCAAUUACACAGAUUCCCUCCCAGCUUUCUUUUCCGUGUAAAUGUUAUCUGGGAAUCUUGUAUUCAUUUUAUAGCCUUUUUAGUAAUUGUAGUUCAUUCUUCCAUAUGGAGACCGGAAUUUGUAAUUAAGGAAACUUGAUGCUGCUCAAUUAUCCUCUUAAAAAAAAAAAAAAAAAAAAAAAAAAUAUUUUUAUACAAGGGCAACAUUGAGACAGGAUCUUUAGAGAAAAAUAAAAUCACUUAAUAAAAUAAUACAAUGUGAACUUAACUAGACAUUAACCUAGAGAUGCUACCAGAAGGGUGUGAAUGUAUACUGUUUCAUACUGACUUUCACCUCGAAGGUUGGAUGAUGUUGAUGCGUUCCCCAAUAUGGAGCUGCAGUAGAAGAUAUGUCCAUUUCCUAGAGCUCGCACCCGUUUAUCUCUGCUCUGUUGCUUGCUCAAAGUAUUGGUUGCAUUUUGGCAACACUGGAGCAAUGAGAGCGCGUUUGUUUGCAGUCAGAAAUGCACACACUGGAAAUGUUGACAAAAACAGAAAUGUACAAUUUAUUCUUAUUAUUUUCAAAUAAUACAAACAUUAGAAAAGAAAUGCACACACUUAUUGUUGCAGCACUAGAGUCACUCUUGAUUGUAACACUCGAGCUCCACAAAUGCAGCGGGGUGUUUUUUGUUUAGUUUUCCUUAGGCCCAUAUGCACUCUCCUAAAACAAUGGUGUAAAAAAAAAAAAAAAAAUUGUUAAAGGAACACUUUAAGCACCAUAACCACUAUAUUAUGCUGUAAUGGUCAUGAUGUCAUAAGUGCCUCCUCUCCAUGCAAGCAUGGCUUAGCUUAUUGGCUAAGAGCAAUCUGCUAGCUUUUUUAGCCAAUCAGCUGGCCUCGAUCAGGAGCUUUUGUUUAUUACACAGAAAGCAAGGGGAAGAGGGUGGCUCCUGGUAGACCCCAGGUAAGAUAUUGAAUCCUUAGAAAACAGUUUGGCAUGUGUGUUACAUAUUACACCUCAAAGUGUUAUGGGAGUAUUUUUUUUUUUUUUUACAUUUUAUCUACUUAAAUAUUGUAUUCAAUUAGAAAUUGAUUGUUUAUUUGUAUUAAAAUGACACUAUAGUCACCAGAACAACUAUAGCUUAAUGUAGUUGUUCUGGUGAGGUAUAAUCAUUGCCUUCAGUCGUUUCCAUGCAAGCACUGCCUUUUCAGAGAAAAGCAAGUGUUUACAUUGCCCCCUACGGACACCUCCAAGUGGCCACUCCUCAGCUUCCUGGGGCAGUGAUGCACAGUAGGCAGCACUGCUGUUCAGAGUCUCCAUGCUCUGCAUGGAAAUGCAGAAUUUUCCUCAUAGAGAUGCAAUUAUUUAAUGCAUCUCUAUGUGGAGGUGCUGAUUGGUAAAAAUGGUGUUUAGCCCCGCCCCAUCAGCCAAUCCAAUGCUUUCCCAAAUUCUACUCUAAAAUCUUUCUUAUCAUCUCUUCUUUGCUGAAAAUAUGCAUUUUAAUCAUUCCCUAUGGGAAAGCAUUGGAUUGGCUUAAACUCUGAUAAUGUCAUCUAGGAGGCAGAUCAUGGGUGGGGCCAGACCCUCGCAGCGCUUGAAAUACGGUGAGCCACCUAAAUGAUGGAUUAAAUACUAUAGGGUCAAGAAUACUCGUUUGUGUUCCUGACUCUAUGGUGUUCCUUUAAUUUAAAUGCCUGCUCUCGGUGAUGAUCAUGUUUUAAAUAAGUCAGCCAUUUUUUAUUACAUCUGCGAUAUAUGAUAUGCUGGUAUCAUAUGCUCUUGGCUAAACAAAUUAUCUAAAGUUCAGAUUACCAAAUAAUAUUUUUGCGUGGUAAAGUUCAAAUAAUAUUAAUCAUUUUUAGAAAUGUUGUACUCCUAAUUUUAGUGGGAAGACCUAUUUAAACAAUAUGGAACAGUCAACUUUCUGUUCUAGGAGUUUCACAUAGAAAUCUUGAAAAUUACCUUAAAGUGGCUGUAAAAAUGACCAGAAAGGUGUUGCAUGGUAAAGUGCUUUUUAGUUGUCAUUGUGUCUUGUGAAUGAUGCCUUCCACUUUGUAGCUUGCUAAGAAACUUUGGGUCUAAAAUGUAUCUACCUUCUCCAAAGAAAGUAGAGGUUUUUUUUUUAUUCGGAUACAGUAGUCUGCUGAUAAAUGGCUGAUUGUUCUCAUUCCUUUGCAAGUUUUUUUUUUUUUUUGUGUGUGUGUGUGUGAUCCCAAUAAAAAGUAAGUGUGAAGCAGCAAGUCAAAAUCAACCAGUCUAGCAGGUGAAAAAGUUGCUCUUUGGAGUAUGGAGACUGCAACUUGUACAAAAGACCCAUGUUUUAUUCAGAAGUCCAGCACAAUGUAAAGUUGAUGGAGCUAAAUUUUCAACAAACAGACCCAUUUGGGGUGUGUAAUUCAGUAAUCUCCCAUUGAUAUUUGUAUUCCUUUAGACCGGAAGCCGUGACGUGUGAAAUCUUACACAAGGUCAUAAUGGGGACUCAUUCUUUGAUUCACAGAACGUAUACAUCUCUUGUUCCAGUCAUUGCCCUCCAGAUUACACUGACAAAUCCCAUCGACCCAAAUUCUACUCUUUCUCAUCAUCUUUUCUUCGUUGGAAAUAUGCCUUUUAAUCAUGUCACCCUAUCUCUUCGACUUUCAUCCAGAAUUUAUUCCUUAUUGUUUUAUGUUUAAAUAAUCAAGCAUUUAGUUAUCUAAUAUGUAUGAAUCAUUCUAAUAACAUUUUUAAAAUAUUGAAAUACCAGCUAAUAUAUUCUUCAGAUCGAAAUUUAACAACCCUACAAGGGGAUUCUUUACAUUCCAUAUACGUUGGAUCAUUAAACACUGUCUAAGAAUGCCAGCAGGACUCUAAGUGACUUUUUAAACAUAUUUUCAUGUCUUAUUUUUAAGAUUCUGACCUUUGGUUGAGUAACUAGUUGUUAAAGCAGAGACAAAUUGCCUUUAGUGAUAUGUGUUAAUUGUUUCAUUUCCUAUUGUGCAUAGAAUGGUAAAUAUCUUGUUAAGCAUUAUAGUACACAUUGUCUGGCGCUCCUAAAGUGUCAAAGGUUAGCCAUCACUUUAAAAAAAGGAUUCUUGAUUAAGUAGUUGGAAGCAAAAUAGGCACGUUUCUGAGUUUUUUUUUUUUUCUUCUUAAUGCUAUAUUGAUCAUUAUAACAUUGAAUAUAAAUAUAUUUUGGCAUGCAAGCUCCCCUACCCCUGUGGUAACCCGAUUGGCCUUCACAUCUGAGCUAAUGAAAGCCAUACGGUGGCUGGGAGUAGACCUAUAUCAAUACUCCCUCCCCACAACCCCAAUGUUAAAAGCUAUUUACCUUUUACAUGACCAAUGCCAUUACUCUUAUUCAUUUCUCUUUUCCUAUUUUAAACCCGCUACUGAAAUCCAACAAAACUGGACUGAAUGAAGAUGUUUAUUUUUCUCUUCAUGGAAAUCCAACUUGUCACAAUGGGCAUGUUAUCAUAUGUAUCACUUGAGAGAGAGAAACAAUUACUACCCAAAAGUACAUUGUCAUUCUGUUUUAAAAAAAAUAAUUAUAUUGUUCCAUUUUUUAUAUAAUUCAUAAAAUGUAUGACCGCUAGUUCUCAGAAGGCUGAAUUGAAAUCUUAUAGAAAUUAUUCUAUUUGUGUACUCCUUUAAAUAAUGAAAUGGUCAAAUAUUGAAUAUUUUUACUCUAUGGUAAUGGGGCCUUCCUUUUUUGAAGGUAAAACGUUUUACAAAUAAAUAUUGGCCUAUGACAAAGUUGCACUUGAACAGUACACAAAGGCACAGAUUUAGAAUUACAUAGUUACAUAGCUGAAAAGAGACUUGCGUCCAUGAAGUUCAGCCUUCCUCACAAAUGUUGUUGCUGUUGAUCCAAAAGAAGGCAAAAAACCCAGUCUGAAGCGCUUCCAAUUUUGCCACAAACUAGGAAAAAAAUCCUUCUUGACCCCAAAAUAGCAGUCAGAUGUCUCCUUGGAUCAAGCAGCUAUUAUCACACUAAUUAGAAAUUAUAUCCCUGUAUGUUAUGUUUUUUUUUUUAAUUCUUUAUUUUUGUAGUUCAUAAGCUUUGAACAGAUGCAUAUGAGGUACCCCAAAGGCAAUCCUCCAGCUGAUAAUUAACAGUUAAACAUAGAGAAAUUAUAACGCUAUAUUCAGGCUAUGUCUAGGUCACUUUAGUGGAAUUUCACCCUGGUUAAUCGGCCCAGUAGAGAGGGCUGCCAUCAUGGUGGUCCCGAGACCUCACAGACAGGGGGAGUCCCACCACUACCCGAUACCUGCUCUGCUGUUUCUGAGUAGCUGGGAGUGAGUGUCAAUCAGAGCAGGCAUUAGGCCACCGUCCCUUCAUGUUGUGCAUUGGGUUGAUUGCUGGGAUCUCUUGCGUUUUCGCUGUAGCUUGUUGCGCUUGCCUCUCUUGUUCAUCCGGGAGCUGGUGACCGCCAUUGUAGAGGGUUUGGUGAUGGCUGCUCGGGUAUGCUGGUUUCUGUGUCGCCUCAGUGCAGGCUGGUUGGGAGUAAAUUGUGGACGGCUGUCUCUGCCAGCUCCAUCCCAGCGCAAAGCAGGAGGCAGUGGGGUUGUGUUCCAUGCCCAGGCGUGGGGAGAGUCCCUUGAGAUAACCCCAUGAGUUCCACUAGGUCCUGAUGUCCCGCCGUGUCUUCCCGGUUGCUGGGUAUGUUUGCCUUGCCUUGUUAGCCUUGAUGUGCUGUCGAGGGCUGUAGCACCAUGCGGUCUGUAGGUUAAGUUGAUUAUCCUGUUGGUUCUUCCAGCCCUGGUCGUUAGUGAGGCUUGCUUGCAGAGUGCGCUUCUGGGGUUGCAGCUUUGGCAUGGGCAUGUGGAGGAAGUGCUGGCUGUGAUGGUCCUCGCCUGUCAGCUUGCUUGUUCCAGAGUUGUUUCAUGGGGGCUUGAGAGCCCUCAGGGACACCCGUGUUAACAGCUCCGGUUUUGAGCACUGAGGGAUCACCGUCUCGGUCGGUGCAGUUGCUGUGCAGCCGUCUGCCAUUUUGAUGAGACCGCGUGGGAGACUCACUACUCAAGCUUUGGGCCAUCCAGGUGAGAUGCUUAGGCGGUAGCCCGCAUGGUGGGGACCGGGAUGACCCCCCCGGCCCACAGGGGGGAGGGAAACGAGACCAGGAAGGCACUAGCCAGAUGGCAGUUCGCCGUAGUCGGGGUGGAGAGCGAGGCAGUGGCCGUCCGCCCCUCUCCCCUCCCGGGUAGGCCUCAAUCACCGAACCCCGGAGUCUCUCACCAGGACCUAGAGCCACCCUGCAGCGGCUGCCCCAGCUACACCGGCACACUCCAGAGCUUCGUGCCACGGACCCCCGGGUCUGUAUAAGCCGAGUAAGGUGGGUAUAUUCCAUAUUUUCCUCUGUUUGCUCGGGAGCCCGUGUGAUAUGCAGCCUGCUGGCAUGGCCGUCCGGCCCUGCCCCCUGUAUGUUAUGUUUUUGUAAGUAUUUAUCCAAUUUCAGUUUAAACAUCUGUAUGGACUCUGAUAAAACCACCUCUUCAGGCAGAGAAUUCCAUAUCCUUAUUGUUCUUACUGUAAAAAAAAACCUUUUCUUUCCCUUAGAUGAAAUAUCCUUUCUUCCAGCCUAAAUGUGUGACCUUGUGUCCUAUGUAUAGCCCUGUUUAUGAAUAGAUUUCCAGUUAAAGGUUUGUACUGGCCCCGAAUAUAUUUGUAUAAAGUUAUCAUAUCCCCUCUCAGGCGCCGUUUUUCCAAACUAAAUAGAUUUCAUUUUUUUAACCUUUCUUCAUAACUAAAAUGCUCCAUUCCUUUUAUCAAUUUUGUAGCUCGUCUCUGGACCCUCUCCAGUGCCAUGAUAUCCUUCUUUAGAACAGGCGCCCAAAAUUGAACAGCAUAUUCAAGGUGUGGUCUUACCAGCGAUUUAUAAAGAGGCAAAAUUAUAUUUUCAUCCCGAGAAUUUAUGACCCUAUUUAUACAUGACAAAAUCUUACUGGCCUUAGCAACUGCAGAUUGACAUUGCAUAUUGCUGCCUAAUUUGUUGUCUAUAACAAUUCCCAAAUCCUUCUCGUGUGUGGUUAUCCCUAAUUCACUACCAUUUAGUGUGUAAGUUACUUGUGCAUUCUUAACCCCGAAGUGCAUAACUUCCAAAUCUCUCUGCAGCAAAGCAAUAUCCUGCUCACAUUUUAUUACUUUACAAAGUUUUGUGUCAUCUGCAAACACUGAUACAUGGCUUUCAAUGCCUAUUUCAAGAUCAUUUAUAAAUAUGUUAAAUAGAAGUGGUCCCAAAACAGAACCCUGAGGGACACCACUUACCACUUUUGUCCAGCCUGAAAAUUUACCAUUAAUUACAACUCGCUGUACUCUAUCCUUAAGCCAAUGUUCUACCCAAGAACAAGAAUAUUCAUCUAGACCAAUUUCUUUUAGUUUGAAGACUAACCUAUUGUGAGGAACCGUAUCAAAUGCCUUGGCAAAAUCCAAGUAGAUCACAUCCACUGCAACACCCUGAUCUAUACUUCUACUUUCUUCUCCGUAGAAUGCAAUUAGGUUAGUUUGACAUGACCUAUGUUUCAUAAAACCAUGCUGAUUAUUGCUAAUAACAAAGUUUUUCCCAAUGAAUUCCUGAAUAUUAUCCCUUAAUAGCCCUUCAAAUAUUUUCCCAGUUACAGAAGUUAAGCUCACAGGUCUAUAAUUUCCAGGCAAGGAUUUUGAACCCCCCUUUUAAAUAUAGGAACAACAUUGGAAACCUUCUUUGUUGAAAACCAGAAUCUACUUAAUCCCUAAGCAGAAUAAUGUUGUAGGUGGUUUCUUUAGCCAAUCCCCCCUUAAAACAAAAGUAGUUUUGUAUAUAUUUUAUAUUUAUUCAGUAAAUUAUAUUGAGGUGACAAAUUGCAAAAAACAAACUAACUUAUUUUUGCUAAAUUUUUAUUUAAAUUGCUUCUGUGCUAGACUUUUCACAUACCUAUUAAGAUAAUGUAUAAAUAUGUGGGAUGAAUUUUAACAGGUUUCCACACUCACCUUUUUUUUGGAAGCGUCAUCUGAGGCCAAGAACCUCUCCCCUCCCCCCCUCCGCCCCUUCUCCUCUCCAUCUUCUGAUCAAAGAACCCAAAUGCCAUCCUGGUGUUUUAGUUGCACACUGGCAAUCUGUAGAUACAAUUACAUUUUUUCAGCAUGAAACCAAAAGUUUGAAAUCCCAGAAGCAGUCUCAAAUUUAUUGCUAAUAAAAGAAUUUAUUGUACUGAAUGACAUCUGCUGUAUCACUCUGGGAGCAGAAACUGGCAAGAAACACACAGGAAAUAUUUCCAUUUGAGAUCAUGAGAGCCAGAGUCAAAAGUGUCUGAUUUCAGUUAAGUCCCAAUAGAUAAAAAAAAAUAAUGGAUAAUUAUAAAAAAAAAUUAAUAAUAAUAAAAAAAAAAUUGUGUGAUGAUUUCUCUUCCCUUUAAUUGGACCACAUAAACAUGCAUUUGUUUUAUUGAGCAAAUGUUAUUUUUGUACCACUUAGUAGUAAUUUAUUACAAAAACACAAUGCCUGGAUUACGUUUCAUGGUUUUUUUUUUAACCCCAAAGAGUUAAUCUAUAGUCUGUCUGUCUGAUAUUUCCAGACAGAGUCUGCAAAAAUGAACAGUAUUAGCUACAUAUAAUCUAGCUUGGCAUAACUUUUUUUAUAAUUAUCAGGAUUUUACUAUGAUGGUCAAAGUAUAGAUUUAAAUUUAAAAAAAGUGUGCUUCCGUGAGUUUAUUUUAUUUUUUUUCUAUUUCCAAAGUAUUAAGUGCCAUUAGACGUUAGUAUAACCAUGGCAAUAUUCGCAUAUAUUUAGUGGAAACUUGUUUGUUCAGAAUUUUUAAGAUUCAUGACUUGUCAUAGAAGGCCUCAUGCACAAUUAUUUUUGCAGCCCAUGGUAUCAGGCAUUCGUACAUCAGCAUUUCAACCAAAUAAAACUAUUUAUUUUUAACUAUAAACAAUGCAAUAGGUUAAAAUCAUGAUAUAUAUUUCUGGAAUUUUUUGUCAACCCAUAUACUCUGUAAAGAAUUUAUUAUUAUUUUUUGGGGGGCAUUUUGUGUUUUUUUUUAUUCUAGCAGUUACACUUUUAAAAGACCUUGCUCGUGGGGUAUGUCAAGAUUUGAGAAUUACUUGUGUUUUUUGUUUUGUUUUUUAAUGGGGAAGUAAUUUUGAUUUGCACUGUUGACUUCCUGACUCAGACUGAGCAGGAAAUGCUUUUCCAAUCAAGCGCAACAGAAAAUAGUUUUCUUUUUAUCUGUUGGCAGUAAAGUUGCAAUAGCAAACGCAUAAUAUAUUAAUUUUUUUUUUUUUGGUAAAGGUAGUCAUUUGUAGCAAAUAUGUAGACAAAUAAGACUAUUUCAUUGUGCAUUUUCACCCAAUUUCUCUAUUCCACAAAGAAAGGCAUAACAUUCUAGAUACACUAAUUGGAUAAUUGUAAUGUGUAAUCUGACAUGUUGGGGGUCGGGGGGAGGGGGGACAGAAUAAAAACAGACCUCUAAUUAACUGUUAUAGUAUAAUUGGCCUAUUACGUAUUGGGGGUCUUCUACAUUACAGAGCCUCAGCCUUUGAUAAAUCCCAAAGGAAUGUUACUUGUGUUUAACUCUCAGUGUACUACCUCGGCAUUGCAUAUGCAUGUGAACGUAAUGUCACAAAAUGCACACAUAGACAAGUGUCUAAGCACCAAGGUGAAUGCAGGAUCUUCACUGCGUCUUACAAUGUAAUUAACCGAUUGAAGCAGUUGACUUUUAAAGCGGUGGUGUAAACACCGUAACCACUACAGUGUGUGUGUAGUCUCCCUAAUUCUAUUAAUUUUCUAGUAGUUUGAAUUUGACUUAAAACUAUGGCUGCCCAAGGCACCUGCAGGUUGCACCCACUCAACUCAAGUUCUGCUUCAAAAUUAGCUAUAUCGAUGUCCUCCAUAUUUAGAACGCACCGAUCUUGUGCUUGACUUCUAACUGGCUGCCAGAAUUUUACAUCUAAAUUGUAUUUACUGUGGAGGCAAAAUCUUGUCUUUUUUUUUUUUUUUUUUUAAGUGUGAAUGGAUGACCUCUAAAAUUUUAAAGACCUUUUUAAUUACCGUAUUUUUCGCUCCAUAAGACGCACCUCACCAUAAGACGCACCUAGUUUUUAGAGGAGGAAACCCAGAAAAAAAAAUAUUCUGAACAAACUGUUCCAUAGUGUUUCUUACCAUGGGACAGUUUGUUCAGAAUAUUUUUUUUUCUCCCCUGUCCCAUAAUGAUCUUUAACCCCCCUUUCCUCUGUCCCAUAGUGAUUGUUAACCCCUCCUACCCUGUCCCAUAGUGAUUGUUAACCCCUCCUACCCUGUCCCAUAGUGUUCUUUAACCCCUCCUCCCCUUGUCCAUUAGUGUUCUGAUCCCAUAGUGUCCCCCCCUCCCAUUGUCCCAUAGUGCACUUUCCCUCCCAUAGUGUCCCCCCUGCCCUUGUCCCAUAGUGUCUCCCCCUCCCCUUGUCCCAUAGUGUCCCCCCUCCCCUUGUCCCAUAGUGUCCCCCCCUCCCCUUGUCCCAUAGUGUCUCCCCUUCUCCCAUAGUGUCCCAUAGUGUCUCCCCUCCCUUUCUCCCAUAGUGUCCCCCUCCCCUUGUCCCAUAGUGUCUCCCCCCCUCCCCUUGUCCCAUAGUGUCUCCUUUCCCCUCCCCUUGUCCCAUAGUGUCUCCUCCCCUCCCCUUGUCCCAUAGUGUCUCCCCCUCCCCUUGUCCCAUAAUUACUUACCUGUCUUGGAGCGUGGGCCGGCUUCACAGCGCGCUCCGCGGUCCAGGAACUAAUAUUUCAGGUUCCGGUUUCCGGCGGGACUGAAAGGAAGUGUGCACACUCAGUGUGCACACUUCCUUUCAGUCCCGCCGGAAACCGGAACCUGAAAUAGAAGUUCCUAGACCGCGGAGCGCGCUGUGAAGCCGGCCCAAGCUCCAAGACAGGUAAGUAAUUCUUCACAUUCGCUCCAUAAGACGCACAGACAUUUCCCCUCACUUUUGAGGGGAAAAAAAGUGCGUCUUAUGGAGCGAAAAAUACGGUAAUUGAAUUAGGUCUGUAUAUUAAUAUAUUGUUUUGUAAUGUACUUUUUCUUUUUAAAAAAAAAAAAAACUGGCAAUCAUGUGAGAUAUUUUUAAUAAACUUUAACUUGUCUUCAUUUAUUAGGUUAACUCUCCUCCACCCUAUCCAUAGACUUCUGUGUAAGGCCCUUUGAGGGCUAUCUCUGUUAAAAAGGCAGGUACAUGCUAGUUUUUUUGUUUGUUUGUUUUUUGAGUUUUGAAUUUUUUGAGCCCUUACUUUUUGAGUCACAGGAAUAUUGUAAAGUCCAGGAGAUGGGUGCUUAUUGUGAGAUACACACAAGGGAACCUGACUGUAGGUAAUAAUGUGCAGUAGAUCACCGGUGCAAUAAAUGGCUAAAUUCAUUCUACCAUUUCUGAUUGCAGCAUUCUUUCUUGGGCUUAUCCUCCAUAUCUGAAAAAUUAAAAGAUCACUAUAGGGUCAGGAAUACAAACAUGUAUUCCUGAACCUAUAGUGUUAAAACCACCAUCUAGCCCUCCUGGGCCCCUGAUGCCUCCAUAAAUAUAUAAAAAUCUUACUUGUAUUCAAGCCUGAAGCUGUAGCUCUGCAUGCUGUUUGUAUCAGAAAAACAAGCCGUCUGCUGACAUCAUCAGAAGUGGUAGUCUGAUCCAAUGACAGUGCUUCCCCAUAGGAUUGGCUGAGAGUGACAAACGGGCAGAUCAGUGGCAGAGCAAGCAUGAUUCAAACACAGCCCUGGCCAAUCAGCAAUCAAAUAAUCUCCAUGAGGAAAGUUCUGUGUCUGCAUGCAGAGGGAGGAGAUACUGAAUGUUUGGGUGCCUUUUAGGCAGCCAUGACCAAGGAAGGAUCUCUAACAGCCAUCUGAGGAGUGGCCAGUGAAGUUAUCACUAGGCUGUAAUGUAAACACUGAAUUUUCUCUGAAAAGACCUUGCUUACAGAAAAAAGCCUGAAGGUAAUGAUUCUACUCACCAGAACAAAUUCAAUAAGCUGUAGUUGUUCUGGUGACUAUAGUGUCUCUUUAAAGAUUGGAACAUGUACAAAUUUACACAUCUGCCAACUGCUGCUAUUUUAACACAUUCUGGUUAUUAAUAAUAGACUCUCAGUUUAAUGAUUCUCCUGUAAAAUUGCUAAAUAAAGUUCACUUGUGAAAUACAAAAGACCUCUUACCUUUUUAGAACAUACAGAGAUGCCUUCACGCUGUGCAAGGUGAACUUUUUCUAUCCCUGCCAUCACAUUUUACUAUUGGAACCUGCCACUGUCUUGAUAUGGUGUGUUUCCUGAUUAUCCUUAGUAAAGUGCCAAUGGACUGCCUUCCACAGUUAUUGCCUUCCUUAUUGCUCCUUAGAAUGCGUUAGGCAGCUCUUUCCAUGCAGUUUAUACAUUUACCCUUACCGUUAUUUAAUUAUUUUAAAAAGAUAUAAUAAUAUUAUGUAUAGAAAGUGUUCUCUAUAGGAAAUGUCCGGCGCCUCCAUGCAGAGCUAGGAGACGCUGCACACUGUGCUGCAUUGGACUUUGAUGAAUAUUUAGUGCUCGUCUGAUUGUCUGCCACUAGAGGUGUUACUAAGCACUGAAAAGGCAGUUUUUACAUUAAAAUCCUGCAGGGACAGGCUGUAGAAACCAGAACCAGUACAUUCAUCUGUAGUUGUUCUGGUGACCAUAGUGUCCCUUUAGGCCUGAUUGUCUACCCAGAUCUUUUUCUUUAAAAAAAAAUAAAAAAAUGAACGGUUUACAUUUCUGUUGACUCGCAGAAUGGCAAUUAUUUUUACUUAUAUACUUAUUGUUUUGAAAAGUUUUUUUUUAAUUUUAUUUAACAAUUCUGUUUACUGUUCAUUUUUUGCACAUUCACAUCCCAGGUUUGCGGUCUAUAGGUUUUCAAAGGCUUUAUGAACGCGUGUUGUAGGUUGUACCAAACCGGCGAGAUUGGUUGCAUGCGACAAUCUGCAGUAACUAACACUCUGCAGAUCUGUUAACGUGUUCAGACAAAACCUUUCUUUGAUGAUGAGUUUAAGUGGGGAUGAUUAGGUUUCUUUUCAGGAAAUCUAGUUUCACAAAAACUGUAAUUAUAAGCUUGCAGUUGACUAUGGAUAUAACACGCAAGCCUUUGUUUUGGCUUUCUUUCAAGCAUACUUAGACCAAAUCCUUGGGAAAAUGGCUAUUUGAAACUGGCUGGCUUUUUAAAAAAAUUUUUUAUAAUGUGUGAGAUCCAUAGGGUGUAACAUUGACUGGUCGAAAGUGAGACCAGCCAAAUUUGUAUUCAUCCAACAAAUGUUCUAUAAGCACUUCGUUUUGUGCUGGUUGUUUAAACAGGAAUACAUUUAGAGAUUUGAUGCUAGGAUUGUCAUAGAUCAUGAUAUGUAUAAUUCUUAAUAUUUAAAAUGUACAGAUAGGAUAAGGAGUCUGGAGAUGAUUUGUAUGUAACAGAAUUCUCAUUGUUCUUUCAUCAUACCAAAGUAUAUUUUGUCACGCCACUAGCGGAUUACAUGCCCUACGCUUCUUCCAUCCAAAUUCAUCACUGUAGCACAGCAUUUAUUUAAACAGUAUCAAAUGGAUAUGAUUUUAUGUUCAGAUCGGUUUUCAUUUCAGACUUUUGAAUGAAGAAUCUAUUUGUUUAGCCCCUAGGCCUAGGACAUAGGAUGGUGCUACGUGGCUUAUUCACUAAACAAAGGAGUAAAGUCAACUGAAAACUAAAUUGCAGAAUCCCAAGCUGGGACUAGAUCAUGGUUGGAUAAUUUUUGUAAUCCUGAAAGUUUCCUAAAUAUUGGAGUUGGGUUUUGUUCCCUUCAAUAAAAUGUUAAGCAAACUCCUAAUUUUCCAUUGGAGGCUCAGCAAAGUGUUGAUAUAAAUGGCUUGUAUUGAAAAUAAAUUGAUGUUAAAAUAUUGUUAAUUACGAGGCUUGGGCUGCACUUUGAGAGACUGUAGGUGAAACAAGUGGCCGAUUUUAGCAUCAAAGCUUAGUUUGAUUGGUUGCGUGGUGUUUUAGCCAAGUAGAAAGCAGUUUGCAAAUCAUGGUCAUUGACCAGAAAUUCUGCAAAAGAGUAAACCUGUGUCACCCACACUCCAUAAUAUGCUAUUGAGAUUUUCAUAAAUGUGAAUUUUCUACAUGUGUUCUUUAUAUGAACUGACGUCAAGCUAAAACAUUGCUCUCCAUUUUAAUUCUUAUUUUAUAGCAAAGGAUACAUACAUGAGGCUCAAAUGAUAGCUUGUUCAUCACAUCUGCUCACAGAAUGUUCUGUAAUAUCCUUUAAUUGCAGCCUAGAAAUUACCUCUUGCUUUUAAAAUCUCUUUACCAUACAUCUUCCUUUGUGUCAUGCAUGGGGCACAGAUGCACAUAAAAUAAAGUACAGUGAACACUUAUCUAUAAAAAGAUUAAAGUGAGCUGAGUUAAAACAUCCUUCAGCUAAUUAUGAUGAGCUGUGCGUUGUUGUGUUUUUUUUUACUUGUAUUUGUUUAAUAGCCUUCCAAAGGGAUGGGAAAUCUCCUAAAUUCUCUCUUGUUUUGGAAAAUGCAAUCCAUAAAGAGAUGAAAUUUCCUCUUCCAGGCCUGAGUGAUCAACGAAGAACAUGGAUCAAACCCCAUGUAAUUAGUCUCUGUGCUCAGAUCCGGUUACAACAAAUUGAGAUUAUCCAGUGCUGGUAUUUACAAAAGAAAGGUGUGUUUUGUUAGAAUGCAUUUUUUCUUCUUUUAGGCUUGUAUGCCCCACCUUUUAACAUGGCCUAUUAGCAACCUUGUGUAACAUAAUUUUUUUAUUUUGUGUGUAUGUGUGUGUAUAUAUAAUAUAUAUAUUUGAACAUUGAAGUUGCUGUUUAGUGGCUAGGUGAGUGUGCUGGAUCUUGUAUUGUAUAAAUUGGCCCCCCGCAGCACCCAUUUAUGCAUGUUCAGGUGAGAGCAGCCCCCUGGUUUCAUAUAUAGAUGUUACUUUAGCCCAGCAUCCAGGGGAUGUUGAGAUAUAUAUAUAUAUAUAUAUAUAUAUAUAUAUAUAUAUAUAUAUAUAUAUAUAUAUAUAUAUAUAUAUAUAAUUAUUAUAAUUAUUUGUAUAGCACCAGCAAAUUCCCUAGCCUGUACAAUAGAUCACAGAUUUAAAACUCUGACACCCAGAUGUUGAUAGUCUAAAACUUCCAAAAUUCUUUGAAUGCAUUGGAUGGCCAAAGAAUCAUGGGAUUUGUAGUUUAGAAAUAUCUCGGGGGGCCAAAUUUUGAGAUACAUACCAGGACAUACUUGAAAACGAGAGAAAUCUCUAUGUAUCCAUCGUGGUAAAAUAUUUUAUAAAUAAAUAAACACCUUGGGAAAGUUAGUAGUAUGCGCAAGUACUGCUGAAAAUUAGGGACACUCAGAUAUUGCUGUUUAACAAAGCACAAUUAUUGACAUAUGUAGCAGAAACAUCACUUUCUAAGGAAGUCAUUUGCCAUCAUCGGAUGUCAUUUCCCUUUUUUUUUUCUUUCUAGUGUCUAAGUUCUGCAUCUUGUCUCAUGUACUGAGCAAGAUUACCAAUAACAUGUUCACACAGAGCAGGCCUUUGUUUGUCGAAUAGUUUAACCUCUGCAAAAAACAUUCAGGAAACUGAAGUUGAGCCCUAUUCACUGGAGUGUCAUUCUUAGCUAUAUAUCAUGACAGUGUUCAGGAUAACUGGCUAUUUUGCAGACCUCCUGAUAUCAUGUCCCUUAGCAGAUCUGUUCCAUAGAUUCCAAUUUCCCUUCAUCUGGAACGGAGUAGCUCUCAACUUAUCCCAAUGUUAUAAAUGUUUAUUGAGCGCUGCUAUUCAUUCAGCAGGAGGCUGUAUGGGGCCACUGCAAAUGAUCUGUAAACCACUUUACAACAGGGGACAUAUGAGUCAAGACACAAUUUCCGGCCCUACACACGAGCCAUUCUAUUGUAUCUUCGACCCACACUUGGUCAUCUCUGAUUCUGAUAUUAUAGAUGCCCUCUGGAGCUUUUUUUUUUAUUGUAAUGCUGAAUAUCCCAGAUAUAACUAAUAAAGUAAUCUAUUUCACAUAUAGUUAUUGAUUUUGAAAUUGGUUCCAUUCCAAGAAGAGCCAGUAAACCUGUAUAAUAGAAUUUGGGAGAAGAUCUUGCUGUGAUUUAGCUACUAUUAUCAAGUUUUGUUCUCACUAAAUACUGGGGUGGCUGGGAACAGUCUUAAUGUGAUCAUUUCCAGUAAAAUCUCUUGUUAUGCCUGUAGUGUUUCUUUAAGUAACAACAACUGUAACUUAAUUAAGCAGGUAUAUAGAAUUUGCCCCUGCAGCCUCACUGCUCAAUUUCUUGCCAUUUAGGAGUUAAAUCACUUUUGUUUCUGAUUAUGCAGCCCUAACCACACCUACCCUGGCUCUGACAGACAGCCUACACAAAAGUUUUUCUUUUCAAUCAGAAGUAAACUUGCUUUAGAAGUUUUUAUUUCUUGCUAUUUAAAUUGUUUUUUAAUCACACACACACACAGCGGGAUCCUGCAGGGUAUUGAAGACUAUUAACAGAGCAGGAGAUAGGACAUCCUAGAUUAAACAGAUUGUGUAUGAUACAGGGACAUAAAAUAUCUAGUUUCCUUUGCAGGAAGUGUUUAGGUAGGCUGUACAAGUCACAUGAAGGGAGGUGUAGCUAGGGCUGUAUAAACAAAAUAAUUUAACUUCUAAAUGGCAGAGCAUUUAGUUAUGAGACUGCAGGGGCAUGAUCUAUAUACCAAAACUUCUUCAUUAAGCUAAAGUUGGUUUGGUGUCCACAAUGUCCCUUUAAUGCCUUCCAAUGUUUUAUGCAAUACACAUUGAUAGUGACUUUUUCUUCAAAACGUGAUGGAAACCAUUUCCAAAAUGAAUAACACUUAUUACAAGAUUUGUCGUGCCAUAUUUAAACCUUGAUAAUGACAGACACAUUUCACAGCCUUGUUUUGCACUCCUCCAAAUCGUGAAGCUAAAAAUUAAAAUACAGAUUAUUUACUUUCUAAAUGUUAGUUAAUUGUUAAUUUCUAAUAAUCCGUCCACGCUAAAGUAAAAAUGUAUAAACACUCAUUUGCAAACUUUUUUACUUUUUGAAACACUAUAGUCCAAAAUACGGCUUUUGAUCAAACGGGUCUCAUCUAAACAUCUCUGCACAACGGGUCAAUAGUGCACACAACAAUGGCAGUUUUGUUCAUUUUUUUUUUAGACAUGGUGCUGGGGGUUGUUUAGAACCGGUAGAGUAUGAAUGUAGUUUGACAAAACUUUAAUUGUACGCAGAAGACAUGAGUCCUGUCCUCUAUUAAAAGGUGCAGGUAACUAAAAUACAUUUUGUAGAAUGCCGAUAAGAGAUCUGCCUUUUCUAACUUCCAGCUGGAUUGGAUUUUGGAGUUUAAUUGAUCCCAGAAAGUAAGGUUUAAUAUGUUCAUAAUGGAGAUCUGAAACUUUGUUAAUGUAAUUCUGUAAUAUGUAUACAUUAUAAUAAAGCAGACUAUAAGAUCCUAUAUGUACACAAUUAACUACAGACCUGCUGGCUAAAUCUGUAAGAUGAAAUUGCCUGUUGAGUUUUUGGAGGAAAUUUUAGGGUAGGAUGCACUCUCUAUGGCCUGAAUGAUUUGUUGUUCUUGGCCUGUGCUGUCUCUUGUAAAGUUAAUUGUUACUGUGAUAAAUUAUUUGUUCAUCACAUGGGACAGUUGGUUCACAAACAUAACUAGCCAUCGUUGGCAUGCUCUCUAGAUCAGGGAAAUAUUCUUGUGUCUUGUUCAGUAAAUAUUUACCUGUAAGCACCUUAUUCUGCCCCUACAACUUGCCUAACUGGGCAAUAAAUUGAGGUGUACAUAUUAAUAUUUGUGGGGUACAUACGUCAUUUGUUAGAAUUACUGGAUCAGGAAUUUCAAGUGAAUUCAAAGUGAAUUUCAAACUGAAGGCCAAAAUGUCAAAAUCCUCCACGAUAUUUCCAAUUCUAUGUAGUGUAUAACCCUAAAAGUUUAAAAAGUGCCUUAUGCUAUCCAUAUAUAAUAAGUAGUCUCAUUCCUGUAGUAGGUCGUUGGCACACCUGGAGUUGAGAGGUACACUAUGGCACAAGCUGCAUCUAUGUCCACCAAUUAUUUUAUGUGGUUUAUAUAAUUAAAGUGAACUUUUUUGCUCGAGUGAUGUGAAGGAAGAGAGUUAAAGGACCAGUCUAGGCACCCAGACCACUUCAGCUUAAUGAAGUGGUCUGGGUGCCAGGUCCAGCUAGGAUUAACCCAUUUUUUUUUUAUAAACAUAGCAGUUUCAAAGAAACUGCUAUGUUUAUAAAUGGGUUAAUCCAGCCUCCAAAUCCUCUAGUGGCUGUCUCAUUGAAAAUCGCAGUGAGAGCACGCAAGCGUCCAUAGGAAAGCAUUGCAAAUGGGAGGAUCUGAGGCGGAGAGGAGGAGGAGAGCUCCCCGCCCGACGCUGGAAAAAGGUAAGUUUUAACCCCUUUCCUCUCCCCAGAGCCGGGCGGGAGGGGGUCCCUGAGGGUGGGGGCACCCUCAAGGCACUAUAGUGCCAGAAAAAUUAGUAUGUUUUCCUGGCACUAUAGUGGUCCUUUAAGGCAAAAAUGUUUUCAAAAAAGUUUUUGUUGGCUAGAUAGCCAAGUAGUAUGAUUCAGAAGAAAGUGACCACGUUAGAAAAUGUUUGUUUUUCAAUUUGGCAAAACUUACCACUAUUCACUAUUAACCGAACAAUCCCUUUUGAUUGCUGUCUUUACUUUUGCAUGCCUUCUCCUCAUGUUUUGUCUUUAUGGGACAGAAGCAGUGGUUUUAGCAGGAUACAGACUGGUGCAACAAUCCUUCAUAAAUGACACACGCAAUUUAUUUGUUUUAUUAAAUUUUUUUUGGUGUAACGAAAUCAGCCGUGGAGAUAAGCUGCCCAAAUAAACAUGUGUUAUAUACCUUGCUUUGGGGCUUGACUCCGCUAUGGAAAACACGUGUUUUCUGAUUAGCCACACAUGGCUAAUGAACCAGCUUUGCUGUUUAGAAUUGAUGCACAUAGCAUUGCUCGAGGGUUAAGAGGUCCUUAACUACAGCACCAGACCUCAGCAAUGCCUGUGAUCUACUCUGAAUCGGCAUCACUGUCUUGGAUCUGAUUGGUUUAUAUAAGAAAUUUAGAACAUUUCCGGCUCUCCAUGGUUCUUGGAAAUAUCAUUAAAUUAAAUAGGGCAGCGAAAAAGCAACUUUUUCAGUGUUAUAAGGCUUCAGUAAACAAAGAUUGCAGUAUACAAAUAGCUGAUAGGAAGCUGCAUUGGAACUGUUCCCAGAAAGCGAUAUUAGAUUAACUGGUUACAUUGCCAGUAUUUUAUCUCUGAAUAUGUGUAUACCUUUUGUUUAAAGAAUAGAAAAAAAUAUAUAUUUUUAUCAUCUAAAAUGUCUGCAGUUAACUAUUUAACCUUGGGAAUUCCUUGAUCUCUGUAUGGAGGGAUCCACAUGCAUUUGCUAUGUGAUUAACUUGUGUUAUCUGAAUUAAGAAACAAUAAUGCUUCAAAUUAUGCUUUCUAUAAAACUACGUACAUAGACAAGGUCAUAUGAUAUUAUAUGACAUUUAUUGAACUUGUCUAUUUUGUUCCACCAUUGUAUUGUGUGGAAUUGGCCAGGGAGGGAUGGAAUGAGAGGCAUACCAUUAGUCUGCCAUAACAGGCAUGAUCAACAUUUGGCGUAUAGGCAUGGUCAACAUUUGGCACAUGCGCAUAAGUCCAACAUUCAUGCUUGCCUGGCUGAUGGAGUGUUUUAAUGUCCAUCUUGUGAGUCCAUGCAAUACUAUAGGUAGAAACAACCAGGGCCGUCUUUAACCCCUUCAGGACGGGUGACGGACGAGGUCCGUCACGCAGGGGAGACCCUUAACGACGGGUGACGGACCUCGUCCGUCACGCGGUAAAAUUAACCCCGGAUCGCCGCUAUCGCGGCGAUCGCGGGGUUAAUGGUGCUCCCGGUAUGCCUCUGCAUUGGAGGCAUACCGGGAGCACCCGGUCAAGCUGCCCAGCACAUGUGCUCGCUCUGACCACAAGUCUGAGCGAGCACAUGUGCUCUGUAUACUUACCUACCGGCUCCCUGCACUUCCGGGUUCUGUGUGAAGUGCAGGGAGCCGGAUCAGUGCUGAUCCUGCCCCCUGCUGUUAAAAAAAAUAAAGUUUAUUUAAAGUGUCCCCCCCCUUACCCAUUUUAAUAAAAAAUUAACCCCUUCCCUGCCAAUUGAUCACUGACUACAGUGAUCAAUUGGCAGGGAUUACAUUUUACUAUGAUCUGAUUUUUUUUUUUAACCCCUGAGGGUUAAUUCUUUUUUUUUUUAACCCUCAGGGGUUAAAUUAAUUAAAUUAAUUAAUUAAAUUAUUUUUAAAUUAUAUAUUUAGAUAGCUGGGGUAGGUGGAAGUUAGUGGGGAAUUGGGGGAUUUGACGUUAGGCUAACUAGGGGUUAACGUUAAAAAAAAGUUUUAAAAGAAACUUUAAAAAGUUAAAAAUUAAGCUUAAAAAAUGUUUUAAUAACAUUUAAGUAAUAAAAACAAAAAAACACACUUUACCUAGUCCAAAUAAAAAUUAACCCCUUCCCUGCCAGUCGAUCACUGCCUACAGCGAUCAAAUAGAGAUCACAGUAUUAUACUGUGAUCUAAUUUUUUUUAACCCCUGAGGAUUAACUUUUAUUUAUUUUUUUAACCCUCAGGGGUUCAAUUUAUUUAAUUAAUUUAAAUAUUUUAUAACUAUAUAUUUUGCUAGCUGGGGUGGGUGGGAGUUAUGGGAAAAUGGGGAAUUUACUGUUAGUGCUGCGUACUGCUAGUUAGGGGUUAACAGUAAAAAAAAUAGCUUAGAAAAAUGUUAAAUCUGUAAAAAAGUUUUAAGAAAGUUUAGGAAAGUUUAAAAAAAAUUUAUAAGCAAAACAAAAGUUUAAAAACUAGUUUUUAAAAGUAAAAAAGUUAUAAAAAGUAAAAAAAUACAUUUUAAAAACGCUCAUUACCACUACACCUGGAACAAACUAGAGAAAAAAGUAUCCCACGCCAAGGUUCAAAAUAUGCCUUUUGAAUUACCCCAGGGUGUAAUCUUUAAUAAAUAGUAUGUGUUUGUGGGGAAGUUUCAAUAACCAACCGUCUAAACUAUUCCAAAUUGGAACAUGGACACAGCGUAAAACUUCAAAGUUAGAAAAAAACUGAAUGGCUGCGUCUCAAAUGCGCCCCUUCAACAUCCACAUAUACCUGGCAAAGGUACAUACGGGGGUAUUGCUGUACUCAGCCGACAUAGCUGAGCAACAUAUGAAGUAUUAUACAGUCAUAGUACACAUAAGGUUUGCAAAAUAUGCUGCGCAAACUCACUUUGUAUGUCAAAAAGGCAGAAAAAAUGCUUAUUACCACUACACUUGGUACAAGCUAGCGGAAAAAUGAUCCCACACUAAGGUUCAAAAUAUGCCUUUUGAAAUACCCUGGGAUGUCUUCUUUAAGAAAUGGUAUGGCUUUAUGGGGAAUUUGGAUUAUAUAGCCUGGUAAAAUACUCUAAAAUGGGACAUAGGCACAGCAUAAAAAUUCAAAGUUUGAAAAAAACUGGAAUGGCUGUGUCCCAAAUGUGCCCCUCCGAUGUCCACACAUACCUGGCAAAGGUACAUACGGGGGUAUUGCUGUACUCAGCCGACAUAGCUGAGCAACAUAUGAAGUAUUAUACAGUCAUAGUACACAUAAGGUUUGCAAAAUAUGCUGCGCAAACUCACUUUGUAUGUCAAAAAGGCAGAAAAAAUGCUUAUUACCACUACACUUGGUACAAGCUAGCGGAAAAAUGAUCCCACACUAAGGUUCAAAAUAUGCCUUUUGAAAUACCCUGGGAUGUCUUCUUUAAGAAAUGGUAUGGCUUUAUGGGGAAUUUGGAUUAUAUAGCCUGGUAAAAUACUCUAAAAUGGGACAUAGGCACAGCAUAAAAAUUCAAAGUUUGAAAAAAACUGGAAUGGCUGUGUCCCAAAUGUGCCCCUCCGAUGUCCACACAUACCUGGCAAAGGUACAUACGGGGGUAUUGCUGUACUCAGCCGACAUAGCUGAGCAACAUAUGAAGUAUUAUACAGUCGUAGCACACAUAAGGUUUGCAAAAUAUACUGUGCAAACUCACUUUGUAUGUCAAAAAGGCAGAAAAAACGCUUAUUACCACUACAUCUGGUACAAGCUAGCGGAAAAAUGAUCCCACGCUAAGGUUCAAACUAUACCUUUUGAAACACCCUGGGGUGUCUACUUUAAGAAAUGGUAGGCCUUUGUGGGGUAGAUUGAAUUUAAAACCUGCGAAGAUGCUUGGAAAUUGCACAUAGGCCCAGCGUCAAAAUUCAAAGUUUGGUAAAAACGGAUAUGGCUUGGUCUCCUAUAUGGCACUGUAGCUUCACAAAAUAGUGACAAAGACAUUCAUUGGGGGUGUAUUUUUACUCCAAAGACUUAGCUGAGCAUAAUUUGGGAGGUUUGAACUUAGUGGCACAUAUGAAAUAUACAAAACGCCCAGCAAAAAUGCAAUCCGUAUGUAAAAAAUGCACAAAAUUAUUUUUUUACCACAUACUUUGGCAUAUAUUGGUGAAAAAAUGGGGGUAUGUCAAGGCACAAUAUGCACCUUAUGAGAUACCCUGGAGUGUCUACUUUUACAAAUGGUAGGCCUUUGUGGGGGUUUUUUGAACAGUCAAACUGUUAUAAUACCCCAAAUGGAAGCUAAGGCUCAUUAAAUCCAUCUCUCAAAAUUCUACUGUGAAUACUGUAAAGGACAGGUCUCCUAUAUGGCACUGUAGCUUCACGAAAUAGUGCCAAAGACAUUCAUAUGGGGUGUCAUUUUACUCAGAAGACUUAGCUGAGCAUAAUUUGGGGGGUUUGAACUUAGUGGCACAUAUGAAAUAUACAAAACGCCCAGCAAAAAUGCAAUCCGUAUGUAAAAAAUGCACAAAAUUAUUUUUUACCACAUACUUUGGCAUAUAUUGGUGAAAAAAUGGGGGCAUGUUAAGGCACAAUAUGCACCUUAUAAGAUACCCUGGAGUGUCUACUUUUACAAAUGGUAGGCCUUUGUGGGGGUUUUUUGAACAGUCAAACUGUUAUAAUACCCCAAAUGGAAGCUAAGGCUCAUUAAAUUCAUCUCUCAACAUUCUACUGUGAAUACUGAAAAGGACAGGUAUCCUGUAUGGCACUGUAACUUCACGAAAUAGUGCAAAAGACAUACAAUGGGGGUGUCAUUUUACUCAGCAGAUGUAACUGAACACAAAAUAAAACUUUGUACAGGAAUAGCACACACCAACUUUACAAAAUAUACACGAGAAUUUCUUUGUUAUAAGUUUGUGUGCCAAAAACCAAAAAGAACACAAUUUUACUCCAAUAUUUAGCAGAGGUUGGCGGUGAAAUGGCUACGUAGAAAGUGUCAAAACAACCUUAGGUAAAUAGCCCGUGAUGUCUACUUUAUAUAAAUAUAUACUUUUGUGUGGCAAUUUUGUUUUCUUUUAUGGCUAUUAAGCUUACAAGACAAACAUACCAAAUUCUAAAAUCGCUCCACAUUAAAAUUUUAUUUUACUCCUUGUGCUUUGUGACCUGUAACUACCAAAAAAAACUUAAAAUCCCAGACACAUUAUAUAUUCUGUAAAUCAGAACAAAUAAAUAAAUUUAUCUUUAAUUACUUUCCUUAACCUGCACUAAUUAUGCACACAUUAUUAUUGCAAAAACUGUAAAAAAAAACAAUAUUUUUCAUUUUUUUGGCAUUUUUCUGUAUUUUUUUUAUAAUAAAUAAGCAUUUAUAUAUAUAUAUGUUAUAUCAAAUUAAAGCCCUUUCUGUCCUUUAAAAAACAGUAUAUAAUAUGUGUCGGUGCAAUAAAUGAGAGAGAUGCAAAUUGCAGUUGAACGCAAACAGCAAGAAAAUGCAAAAAUUGCUUGUGUCAUUAAGCGUAAGUCAAGCUUCUGAAGCUGUGUCCUUAAGGGGUUAAGGAGGGGCAAAAGGGGCAGCUGCCCCGGGCCCAGUUACUCCUGGGGGCCCUAAGGCAGCUGCCCCAUGGACCCCCUGCAGCACCUGAGGUAAUCAGGGGCCACAGCCCUUUAAUACUGCUCUGGACCGGGCCCUUGUAAUAGGGGGGUUGGCUGAAUACAAACACACAGCUAGCCCCUCACACACUGCCCUGUGAUCCCUUUUCUUCUCCGUGGCAUGCUGGGAGGAAGUGAGGUCAGAUCACUUCCUCCUCAGUGCCGCUGGGGAGGAGGCACACACCACACGGAGGAGGAUGCAAGCAUUGUUGGGGAGAGGGACCGAGAAAUCUGAUGGCAGACUCCCAUCAGCCUGGGCCAACAAGCUCCCACUGGACCCCAGGGAAGCCACCUUUCUGUACCCAAAAGGUAAGGAGACAGGAGGGUGGCUAACUAUGUUUUGUUUUUUUGUUUUGCUUAUUUCUGAUAUCACUUUUAUUCAAGUGUUAGUGUUUGUAAUGUAACACACAGGGAAUAAGUACAUGUUAAAAAUUCUAGAAGAACCUGACAGUUCCCUAUUAAAUAUAAAUUUUAAAAGUAUUUAUUUUAACAUAUUAUUGCAUCAAGUGUUAUCAAAGGCUGUAUACCAUUUCCAAAUGUCACUUUUGCCAAAUUCUGGACCAGGAUAUGUAAGAACAGAGUUGAGACAUUAUUAUGGCCAAGGUUGCUGGGAGUUGCUGUCCAAGAGCUGCUAGAAGGCAGAGAUUAAAAUAUGUAAAUGUACACAUAUAUAUAUGUGUGUAUCUGGCUGUGUUUAUGUCCUUGUGUGUAUCUGGCUGUGUUUGUCUGUGUGUCAGUGUUUCUGUGUGUAUGUGUACUUGUGUGUCAGUGUGUAUGUGUUGUGUGUGUGUUGUGUGUGUGUAUGUAUGUAUGUAUGUGUCAGUGUGUGUAAGUGUGCAUCUGAGUGUGUGGUAAUGCAUACAUCCCAGCAUUUUAAUGCCAACACAAAUACACUCCAUCUCUAGCACUGUACACAUAUACACCCCUGCAUUUAUACCUUUAUGUAUGUGUGUAUCUGAGUGUGUGUGUGUGUGUGUACAUACCUGUGUCAGUGUGUGUGUGUACCUCUGUGUGUGGAUGUGCCAGUGUGUGUGUGUAUCGAAGUGCUUGUAUCUGUGUGUCAAAGGGUGUGUAUCUGAGUGUGUAUGUGUAUGUGCCAGUAUGUGUCAAGGUGUGAUCAUGUGUCAGUGUGCCUAUGUGUGUAUCUGCGUGUUAAUGUGUAUGUGUAUAUGUGUUAUAGAAAUCACACAACAUGCAAACAGAGCCCUGCAAACACAAACAUUACAUACAAACACACCAGUUUGCUGAAACACCAAUACUACACACAAAUGUACACAACACUACAUCCAAACAACCCCCUGCAUGCAAAUACAAACAUUACAUACAAACACAUUCCUGUAUUAAAACGCUAAAAUUAUAUACAAACACCAACUCUACACACAAAAGUACACCUGCAUUUAAAAGCCAACACUACAGACAAUCACACAUUACUGCAUUCAAACGCAAACACUACACACAAGUACACCACUGCAUUCCAAUGGUAACAGUACAUACAAAUACACCCCUACAUGCACACAUACACUCUAUACAAUAACAUGCUGACAUUCAAUUGCACAAACACUGCUCAAAAAUACAACCCUGCAAGGAUGGUAGAUCCCCACCUGGCAUAGCAUCGCAGGAGUAUUAUGACAGAUGGGGAUCUAUCUUUUCUUUACUCUUGUGCUACAGGGCAGGCCUGAAUUAUUUUUUUUUGCACUAAGGCACUCUCUACAUUAGUUUCGCCUCUAGGUUGGGGUGGAGGGAGUGAUUGCAUGCCCAGGGGGCCCAAGCAGAUGCUUGCCCAGGGUCCAAUCAAUAUUAAAGACGGCCCUGGAAACAACCUUCCACUUACUGCACGCCACAGGGACUUUUCUUUUUUGUCCCUAGAAGUGUGACACCAGAGGAAAAAGCAGUGCUUGUCUCUCUGGAGAUUUGCAGUAUGUUCCCCAUGAUGCUUGAAUACAACUUUUGAAGUGCCAUCGCAAUCCUGUAACUCCCAAUCAUGCUACAGUCAUGUAAAUGAGGAAAGGGGAUGAAAGUGAAAGAAAUUACUGAAUAUAUCUUAAAUAUUUGGUUUGUUUGUCCUAAGACAAAAGGAGGCGCUGAUGGAACAGUUACCAUAACCUUUGAUGGAAAGUUCCAUAUUUUGCCCCGCAAUUACUGUUUUCCCCAUCUGUAUAAUAUAAACUAUUCACCAAAACAGCAUUUAGAAGAGGGUAUUGUAUAAAUCAGUUAGAGUUAUUUUGGAUGAUUAAUGUUGGAAGCAUGGGCUUUUGUGAAACGCAAGGAAAUUGAAGAGUGUGGUCUAGUGCUUCUGAUGCGGGUCAGGAAGUCCUAUAACCCAUGGCAGGGUCUCCUAACUGUUCAUGGUUCCUUGCAAUGUGCUGAAUGUAAGCAGGAAAGGGAGUUAAUUAUGCAAUUUGUUAUAGAAUGAAAGGAGAGCUGGCUUACGGCAAACUGGUCAGUCCUGACUUCAUUCUGACAUUAUAGCAGCAUCGUCUAUGUAAGCUUACCAGAGAGCUCUCCCUCAGCUAUCUUUCUUACCGAUGGCAACGAGAGCUGCUAAGAAUCUUCUUUACAAGCCCAAACAUAAAGAUAAAGUUGGACAUUGUGUACAUAAAUGGAGACCCACGAUAUAAGUCAGCGUAAUAAAAUAAAUGUAAGCUGCUGGUUGUUUUUUUUUUCUGCUUGUUAAUUUGAAAUGUCUUCAGAAUAAAAUGUUGUACGUUCUGAUACAUCUAUAUUAAUUUGAAAGUCUGGGCCUUAUUCUCUGAACAGGGUGUUGCUGGACAUUGACAAAAAGCUGUGAAAGGUUUGACUAGAAGUUGAAAGAUAUCACCAAAACUUGUAAAUUCUAAGAACGGUGUUACAAUGUAUCACUGUUUAGUGAAUAAAUGUAGUCCCUUCUAGCACCAGAAACCAAUGUGUCUUAAUGUAGUGAUUUUGGUGCGUAGAAGCUGUCCCUUUUUAUCUAUUUUGGUUGAAAACACAUCUGUAGAGUUGUCACAGGCAUCAACUAGAGCUGCUUUCUCCAAUGAAGUUGUUAUGGUGUUAGUACAUACCUGACAUUAUCUUGCCUCACGGGGCUGAACCUUAUGUUUGGAUCAACUGCCGAUCUCAGCCCAUCACUACCUCCCCAUUCAGAAUGGUGAAUGAAAAAGUCAUGUAUAUUUUUCACUCUCUUUACUGAAUUGGGAGCUAAUUAUAGGCUGAGAGCGUUGGGUCCAAGGUUUCCUGAUUGAAAGAUCACUAAUUAAUUGAGUGGAAGUGGAGGAGCUGAUCAAUUGGAUGCUUUGGGAAAACAGUCACUGGUAUAACCCCUCAAGGUAAGACUGCACACAAGACUUUCUAGCACCAUAACAACAUCAUUGCAAUUAAGUUAUUGUCGUGCCAUGAGUAGUCUUUUAAGACCUACAAUUUCACAUUUUCCAUUAUCACGCAAAGCAUGAUGAUUCCAAAUGCUGCUGAUGCUCCUCAUAGACCAUCGUUGUAAUCAUUGCUAGAUGUAAUCAGUGCUAUUUGAUUGGCAGAGCUCAGCAUCUACAAUGGAUUGGGCCAUAGGUUAUCAUAUUAAUGAUCCCAAGGGCAGGAAGACAUUGUAUCCUGGUAUUGGAUUAACGUAAAAUUUUGAUGAAUUUAUUUGCUUUGAACCCGGGAGAUGGGGGAGGUAGCUGAAUCGAAAUAUGUUAUUAUAUACCCUGGAAUCAGACAUGAAUUCAGAUUUGAGCAAAUGUAGUCCUUAAGCUGGUAGGGGAUUUAAUUGUCCAGUACCCAGAAUCCGUGGCUGAGAGUUGUAGGAACUGGAGUUCAGCAACAGCUGAACAGGAGGUCUACAUUAGCCUAGGCCUGAUCUAUGCAAAGCUACUGAUCAAGAGAGUGAGUGUGGAUGUGCAUUAUGAAAAAUGCUAAAUUGGUUACUUAGAAACUUCAAAGUAGUGUUUUUUUUGUUUGUUUUUUUCAAUUUAUUUUUUCAUAACAAAUGCUUCUGCCCCCAAGUUAGCUCCUUGUGAAUGCUUUGAGUCUGAUUUCUAUUUAACCAAAAACAUAAACGCGACAGCUUCGGGGAUGCACAUUCUUUCUUAAUUACCAGCAACUUUUGUUCAACCGGAGCAGUCUGUUUAAUUGGUUUUGAUCAUGGUAAAUUAUAAAAUAAGCUUCCCUCCUCUGCCUGUGGCCUGGAGCAUUCCAAUAAGAUGACACUCCUAUACCUUCUAUGUGACGUAAAUCAUGAUGGUUUCCUUUUUUUAUUUCUAAUAUCUCUUACGUUUCUCACAGUGUUUUCAAUAGAAAUGCCAAAGCAAUAUUAACCAUGGUUUUAAUGAACGGACUCUGCCUGAGGCUUUGUUCGUAAGAGGGAGCAUUAGCAUUGUGACUGUAACUGUACCAAAAGCGAUGCAAUGCUAGAUGGCCCACAUACUGUCAACCUAUAGUGUGGAAUUAAAUUAAAUGUUAUCUCUUUCUGUCCGUUAAUUAAGUGAUAGAAAAGAACAGGCUCUUCAGCUACCGACUGAGCAUUAUGGGAUUCGUAGUCCACCGUGAAAAGGGAAAGUGACAAAAUGUGGUCAUACUCCCCAAUCCACUCUCAGCCAUCCACACUUCAUUCCUCUCAUGCUGACACCAUCAACUGUAUAUAUCUCAUAUCUGCUCUACACAUAGAGAAGUAUUUACAAAAUUAUCAGUUCUUGACAAUCCACAAGGGAAUUGUAUAUUUUAAGGCAAAAUAAGCAAAUUCUCAAGGUCAGAUUGUAUUAAAUCUGCUUUUUUUUAUCUUACAUUUGCAAUUUAAUUAAUUUUUUUGAAUAAAAGUAAACAAGAAGCUAUUUCUUAUAUAUAUAUAUAUAUAUAUAUAUAUAUUAUUUUUUUUUUUUUUAAUUGGUUCUGUUUACCUGGUAAUAAUAGUUUGUCUGAUAACAGACCUUGAGGAUUCUGUCAUCCGUACCAUGCUCUUGUUUGUGUCUGAAACCAUUACAGGUAACUGGGUGCUCAAGGGUCUCACGGUGAAUUGCCCUAGCUCCAUAAUAUGGCUGGUUAGCUCUAUGUGAAGUCCAAGUGUUAAACGGAUAAAGAGAGAGUGUUCUUGUGUGUUUGUGUUGAUUUAUUGUGAGAAGGCUAACACUGUGCAUAUGAAUGUAGCUAUAUCAAAAAUUAUGUUGGGGAGAAUUUGGGAAGACUAUGAAAGAUAAGUAUACAUCACAGAUGCCUUUCUAUGAGUUUCACAGUGCAGGACAGGACAUGCAGCACUCAGCACGUGUGUAUGAGGUAGGAAACCUAACUAAGGCAUUGCUCAUUUUUAUGUCCCCCAAUGCUGAAAACGUGCAUGACAAUACCACAGCUAUGAUGUAGAAUUACAAGAGAUUUUCCAGAAUUCUAUUCAGCUGAGGAGGGAUGGAUGUUUCUCUCUGCAAUAUAAUUGGUAUAGUAAAGGAGCACUUCCAUUAUUAAUUAAAUGAGAGAGAGAGGUGGGUUGUUUCAAUUUCUUUACCACUUGUGAAUGUUCAUACAAUAUGUAAUAUUUUCAUUCUAUCUGACCCUGAUGGUGGGGGUGAAGUGGAAUGUAUCACCACUCCUCUGUCACUCUGACACCUCCUUUGAACCUUGUGUAAACUUUAUAGAGCCCUCCGAGAGGUGUGAGAACAGGUGUUCAGUGGUGCAGACACCAAAGGAUAUUUAUUGGGUGAUGAAGCCAGAGGGGCCGUCAGCCUAUUGUUAUGCAAGAGGGCAGACACAUCCUUCCCUACAUGAAAGAGAAGGCAGGAUAGGGGAAACGCUUUAUUAUCCUCUGUCCGUUUAAUAGGUUAGGGGUUUUGUCUAGGUAGCUUUGUAUUCUGGGGCCAACACUCUCUAAACAUUUUGUAAAUCUCAUUAAACCACAACUUAAAAGAGAGCAGCGGAUUCUACCAAACACUAGAAAACUAUUAAAUGUUCUUCAGAAGGAAACGUUUAAGUGAUAUCUCUUUAUUUUAUAUAUUCUUUCCCAUUAGUUAUGCAUCGCAAUCACUUUCCUGAUGUAUGUUAGUCUGAUUAUAUUUGAUUUCUAUAGAAUAACUCACAAUAUCUGUUCCAUUUGUUAUUUAUUUUUAAACAUAUAAUCAUUACAUUUAAACAUGUAACCAGCUUCCCUAUCACAGGCCAAGUAACAACCUUCCUUAAUACUCUUAUUCAUUGAAUGAUUUUUCUUCCAAGCAAACACUCUUUUCCAGAUUAUCCCAUCAGCUUUUUACCUCGACUAGACAAAAUCACUUACCUUUCUCCAGCGCCGGGCUCCCUCGGCGCUGGGGACUAUCCUCCUCCUUUGGACGUCAUCGGCUGAAUUCGCAUGCGCGGCAAGAGCCGCGUGCGCAUUCAGUCAGUCCAUAGGAAAGCAUUCUCAAUGCUUUCCUAUGGACGCUGGUUUCUUCUGACUGUGAAAAUCCUAGUGAGGAGCGCCUCUAGCGGCUGUCAAUGAGACAGCCACUAGAGGCUGGAUUAACCCAUAUGUAAACAUAGCAGUUUCUCUGAAACUGCUAUGUUUACAGCGGGCAGGGUUAACCCUAGGUGGACCUGGCGCCCAGACCACUUAAUUGAGCUGAAGUGGUCUGGGUGCCUAUAGUGGUCCUUUAAAAUAAACACACUACCUUAAUAUGUGCCCUAGUGAAGUAGAUACACUGUUUUUAUUAGGGUUUGGUUCACUACACUUCUGUAUUCUGUGCGCACAUGUACUCGCUGUUAUCUCUUCAUUCUCAUUUAGCCCCCCAAAACCUCUUUCAACUCCAAAAAGUAUCCCCCUUUGCCAUUACUCUAGCACUGUUCAAGAUCCAUACAAAGAGAACGCAUCACCAACUUACCCUUUCUUCGGUUCUCACAUGGCCCUGCCUUCUAUAAUUUAAAUUUUUUUAAAUUUGCUAUUGAAAGACGUAUUUGCCUGUUUUCUUUCCUUCCUUCGAAUAAUUGACCCUAACCCAGUGUACCUCAUUAGUGUUUUCUACUGAACUUCAGGACCAUCUCUUAAUUCACUUCAUUAAAUCCAUUUUGUCCAUUGAAUGUGUCUGCUGUUAGCAUUGUAGGUUCCUACAUUAUAUCAAAUUACUGUCCUUCUUUUCUCCAAUAUUUAUUUUGCUUCUGAAUUACAGAAUAACAUUUUUUUUUCUUUAUUUGUAUGAUUAAGAUCUUUUUCAAUUUGAGUAACAAUCUUUUACAACUAACAGAUCUCCAUGCAAGGAGAAUAAACAGCUUUUGUCACUUUGUUACAAACAUAAUGUAGCAUAUUUGACUUUUUUUUUUUUUUUUUUUUUUUAAGAAACCCAUGAGUUGAUUAAGUGAUAGGCUUUGCAGUCUGGUCUUGCUUGCACGAAAAAAAAGUUAUUUCUUGCGAUUACACGCCAGAUAACUUUCUCCUUGUGUUGUUGGGUGUUGCAGUUUGGCCUGUAUUAACUGGUAUAUGGGAUAUGUACAGAGGGUUGCUGGCAGUUGUGUCACAACUGUGGUAGUGGGAGUUUUGCCCGGGUCAGUACCUCGAGUAUUGGUAUGACUCUGGGUGUAUAUGUGUGUAUGCGGUAUGUGGUGAUGGAUUGCUGGUUCUUGAUGGGUGUAAUAAGUGGUGAUAUUUGGGGUUAUCCAAGGGGAACCUGAUGGUAAGUCUACAAUGAGGUGGGAUCAAGGCUUGUGUAGUCGAUGUCAUGAUGUUUAUAGUCCACCUUCAUGGUUUUACGUAUGAGUUUGUAGUUCCUUCUGAGUGGUUUGUUUGUUUUUAAUUACUCUAUUACGUAUUCCGGUUCUAAUGACUAAUUGAUUAUCUGAUUUUUUAAAAAAUUUUUUUUUCAUCCUUACAUGCUUAUCAAAGUUAAUUCAAUGUUAAUUCAGUAACAAAGGUAUUCAAGGACACCUGCCCUGUGUCAAAUGCUAAGAUUGUGUUGUCCUAUUUCUCGGUCUUCAUGCGCUCUUUGUAUAUGAGUAGUUUGCUCUGCUGAAUAGGAAUUUGUGAUCCUAUUCUGGUCCAGUAUAUGUGCUAUCAUUGCCUCGGUCUCCUUUUUUGGUUAUUCCUCAUCAUUCUUUCCACUUAUAGUAUCACACAAGAAUCAGUCCUUAGCUCUCUUCUUAUUUUGCAAAACUCUCUACCUUAAUUUAUGCUUCCAAACACCGCUUACAUGUGGGUGUUCUUUGGCGCGCUCAUGUCUUUAAAGUGACAAAACAGGCACCAUAACAGCUUCACCGUAAAUAAGUUGUUAUGGUGCAGGGAGAUUCCCAAAUGUCCACUUACCUCAAUGGGUUAAACCGGUAACAAAUGGUUUGAUCUAAAACGGUUGAAUCUGGAACGCUAACGCCAUGCCCACAAACAUCAGAAACUCCAAUGUGUUUGCAUUGCCAGUGAAACCAGACUGCAUCAUAGCACCAAACUGUUACAUUAAGAUAUAGUUAUUUUGCUGCAUAUUGUGUACCUUUAAGGACAUUCUCAAUGUCUCUUUAAAGAAUCUCACAAAUCAUUCCAGCUGAGUAAUUUGGGAAUUGGUUCCGUCACCUGACCUAAUUACUGUUCAUAAGAGGAGGGAGUAUUCUCUCCUCCUUUGGUGACAUCCAUUCUGUCUGCAUUUAUUUUUUUUACUCUAUUUACAUGGCUUUAAAUGGGAUUUAGCAUUCAGUAACCUCUUUUUUCCUCUAGCACGCAUAUAGAAAGGUCAGGCUUUGUUAUCUUUUCCGAGACGUCCUGUCUGUGUACACCUGCAUGGCAUUGUACUCUAGAACCAUGAUAACAAUGUUAUGAUCCCAGCUUCCUUUGCACGCACUUGGGACGACUGCAUUCCUGCUUGUUCUGGAAUUCCCAACCCUUUGCGUGCCUGAAUGGAAUGCAAUGCUUGGUAGGUUCUGGGGAAAGAUGGGCCAGUCUAUACCUGAUAAGGUUAAAUGUUUCAUUCUUUUACCAUACAGACUACUUGCAUGAUGUCUAUCCUUAAGCACAUCUCUUUUCAUUUGGUGUAUAUUUUGCAAGCUUAUGCUAUCACGGCAUGCUAUUAACUUUUUCAACUCCAGUUGUCAUUGCAGUAAAAUAAGCUAAAUUCCUUUCCCAUGGCACUGAAAUAGUUAAAACACGAAAGAGCAAUUGCAAAAUUCCAUUACAUUGCAAUCCAUCUCAAUUGCAAGCCUCACAUUGUAAUGCAAAAUCUGUCAAUUCACAGUUCUUGCUUUUGCACACACACAUAUACGUGUGUGUGUGUGUGUGUGUGUGUGUGUAUGCAAAAAAAUAUACAUUUUAUUUUUUAAAGAAAAGACUUGCGUGAAUAUGAAAGCCGGUUUAUAUCUGUCUAUGUAAAAAUUGUAGCGGCCCGUACUCUUACCAAGAACAUGUAGUGAAUUUGGAUAAUCACAAGCUGACUUAAGUUAGGAGGCGUUAGAUUUGGCAGUGGGAACGCCCUGUUCAAGAUUUAGUGCCAAAAAAGGGAAUGUUUUUCGCUUUCAAUUGCCAAAAUUACCUUUCCAUCUCAUCUUAAAAAAAGGACCCAUUAUAUAUGGUUCAUAUAACACUCUCUGUGCUAUCAUUGUAUAUACAAUUUCACAGCCAUCUUCACAUGGAGCAAAACAAUAUCCAAGAAUAACAUUGCAUGUUAAGGAAGAGUCACUGCCCCCAAGAACUAGCAAUUUAAUUGGCGGAAAGAAAAGGGUCCACCUCUCCUGUCUUAUUUUUGUCCAGAUUAAACGCUCUGCAAUUAUUAUUUUAUUUUAACCCAGAGUUUUAUUUAAACCAUCUUUUAGUUUUGAGCAUAUUUUUGUGUUUGUUCACUUACCCAUAGUCCUUUCAGCUUUUAAAACAGUAGCCCAGCUAUCUGUAUCAACCUUGUGAGCAAAUUACUACAAGCACUAGCAUCAGAAAAUCGUAAGUAUAAAUGGUAUUAGUCUUGACACAGACCUGUGGACUAGAAGCAUGUGUGAUGGCAAGCAUAAUUUAUGGCUUACAAUAAAACACAUUUAAAAAGUCAAUUGUAUCUCAAAGCACUUUAAUUCCUUUUCUAAAUUUAUAGAAAUAAAGUGCAAAUUUAAUAAGCUGUUUUCCACUCCGAAGUGCUUCCAACAACACCACAAACAAACAAAAUGCAAACGUAGUGCAGCUCUGCUCUACAUUUACAUGGCUUAUAAGUAAGUCAGUGCAUUUUUAAUAAGCGGACACUUGGUGACCAUAAAACUAAAGGAUUAUUUUUGAAAAAAAAUAAUUUUGCAUGACUAUAGUGAUAACCACAAUUAUACACAAAUAGCAAGGCCCAAAAUAUGAUAAUGAUAAUGGUUUGGUGGAACAUAAAUGGUAUUGCUGUCAAUGUUUGAGACUUGGGGAAAAUUCCUCCUACCAGGAUGUACUACAGUCCUGAUGAGGAUUCCGAGAAAAGCUAAAUCCUUCUGAAUGUGAGACAUUGCACUUUCUGUCAAUGAAGAAUUUGUUAAAUAUGCCAGCUUCUGUUCAUAAUCAAACUCCUUUAUUGGAGUGACCAGAGGUGUCCUUGUUCCUUGGACUCUGAAAUAAGCCAUAGCAGCACUUGCUUUUUUUGCCUGACAUCUUACGGACAGGUUAGCACUCAGAUUGUCUCCUCAUAUUAUGGAGACCACCAACAAUGCAACAGUUUAUAGAUCCACCAUCAUUAAAUACCAGGUAGAUGCAAAACUAUAACAUUACCAUCAUCUACAUUCCAAAAGUUGCAGACUUUUAUAUAAAAUGUAUUAUCUAUGUAAUAAAAAUAUCAGGCAGGAUGCUGUCAUAAUAGAAACACUCUGGUUCUUGUUCCUUGUAGUGACACUGCUAUCGUUUUGAAAGCAGUCUAUUGAAUAUAUACAAACAUUUCCUCAAUGUACGCUGUUGUUAUUUAAUACUAAAGAUAAGAAUUGUGUUUUCUGUCAUUUAUACAGCUCUCAAAGAAAAUAGCUCAUAUUGUACAUUUGUCAUCUGACAAUCACAGAUAGCAUGGGUUUGUCAGGCUUGCAGUGGCAAUUUAACUUUUAAGUGGCUAGUAAAAUAGGAUUAGAAAUUUUAAUUAAAAAAAUAAAACAAAAAAGCCCCGGGCCCAGAUGGCCUCACUAAUCUUUACGAUAACACCUUCAAAACCACAUUAAGCCCCUACGUCGCACGAGCCCUUAACUUCGCUACAGCGCAGGGCUCUGUGCCAACGGCUCAACUGGAAAUUCCUACACGAGACGCUACAUAGGUACGGUUUUCCACCCACCUUCCUGAAUAUGGUCCAAACACUUUAUAGCUCGCCGUCGGCCACUGUUCUGAACUCUGGCUUCAGCUCAAAUACAUUUAACAUAUCGAACGGCACCUGAUAGGGUUGCCCCAUCUCCCCACUACUCUACGUACUAGCCCUUGAACCGCUGGCCAUAGCCAUUCGCAACAACCAAGACAUACAGGGGAUCACCAUAGGGGUGAAACUUUUCACUUGCCAAUGGCUAGUAGAGAUUUUGAGGUGUGUGCAUGCAGACAGAUUAUGUGUGUGUAUGUAUGUAUGUAUGUAUGUAUGUAUGUAUGUAUAUAUAUAUAUAUAUAUAUAUGUGUAUAUGUGUGUGUGUAUAUAUAUAUAUAUGUGUGUGUGUGUGUGUGUGUGUGUGUGUGUAUGUGUGUGUGUGUAUAUAUAUAUAUGUGUGUGUGUGUGUGUGUGUGUGUGUGUGUGUGUAUAUAUAUAUAUGUGUGUGUGUGUGUGUGUGUGUGUGUGUGUAUAUAUAUAUAUAUAGUUUUUAAUCACAAUUUUUCCCCACCAUAACUUAUUUGGGAGAUAUAUAUAUAUCUGUGACUGUCAGAUCACAGACUUAACAAAGCAGCUCUUUAGUUUAGUUGAACUGAGCUAAACAACCAGAAAGUAACCAGAUUAAUUGUCUGACAGCCAUGGGAGUUAAAGCAGCACGGUCACAGUCUGUUGACUGUUCUAUAGUACCCCUGUACAUCUAAUUAGGAAUAAUGUAACCACACUGUUGCAAUCUGAGUGUUUUUAUUGUUUUUUACGUUUAAGAAUUUGUUUUUUUUAUUGUAUUUUUCUCUAUAUUUAUGUAUUGAUCUUAACUUGUUAAAUGAAGAGAUAAAUAUAAGUGUGUAUUUUUAGAAGUCCAUAUGAAAUAUCUGCCCGUAAUGUUUUAUAAUUUGUUGUAGUUGAUCUGACAAAACUUUUCUUUGUAAUCAGGGACUUGAGCAGUAAAUGGUUCUGAUUAAACCACUUUACACUGAGUUGUCUGGCUCCACUUGUCUUAUCAUGAUAUGCAAACAUGGCAGUGCUCCCUCUACAUUGUCUGUAUAUUCUUACCAGAUUGACAUCUGUCCCCAUUCUAAAUGAGCUAAAUGAGCUUUAAAUGCAUUUCUUCAACUUGGUAGAAACUUGGGUUAAUUCAGAGCAUACCGUAUAUUGCUUUAGUUGAAAUGAAAUGAAAUAGAAUGUUGGACGAGAGACCAGCAGUCGCCAAUGGCACUUUUUUUUUUUUUUUUAACAGCAUAUUAGGCCAAAACCUAUCAAAUUAAUAAAAUUGAAUUGGUGUCAGGAGAGUGCCUUGUGUAAGUUUUUGUUUUUGUAUUUUAAAUGAAAAGUGUCCAUGUAGCUCUUGAUAUCAAAGACAAUUAAAACCAGACAAGAUUCUGACACUUGGCCAAAGCAGCUGCUGGAUCACCAUUAACAUGGGCACAUGGCUUGGUGGCUAUUUCCCUGUUAAUUAGAACACCGGCGUGCUAAACAGGAAGUUUCUGUAAUUUGCUCUUGCAGAUGGCAGUGCAGAAACCUUGGCUACAGGAACAUAAAUCUUUUAUAGCCGCCCUAAAUUAAGUUGGUGGCAGCAGUAGGGUCACUUGUAAGUGGCUGUGUCCGUGUUCAAAUAAUAGGUGGUUUGUAAUAACACCCUUUUCAAACUAAAUCAUGAUUUUUACCUAUUGAGUACCAAUGGAGUCAAUGGUGCAUUUCAGAGCAUUUUAGAUGGUUAAGCCUCAGACAAUAACAUGCUUUCAGGUGAGUGUGUGGAAUUUAAAUAUUAGGCACAUGAACUUAUGGUGAAAAGCUCUUUUGUUUAUCUCAGAAUUAUUGUUGUGUUUGUGUGAGAUUAUAAAGUGUUUUAGAUUUGUCGUUGGAUCAGGACCAGUUUUGUUUUGUUUUAAAUUUUGUGAUGCUAAAUAAGCCUUUAAUAUUUUGGUCCAAAAUGUGCAUCCGUUGCUCCCAAGGAGGACAUACAUAAAUUGCAAAGUCUUAGGUUUAUGCAGGUAUUGAUCUGGAUCUUAAAGCUCAUUUUUGUUCUUGUUAAACAAUUAAAUUGGGUCAGUUUUCUAAGUGUGUGUGUAUGUAUGUAUGUGUGUGUGUAUAUAUAUAUAUAUAUAUAUAUAUAUAUAUGUAUGUUUACUUUUCAAAACACGCAUUAACAAUAAACAAGAUUUAUAUUGGCCUAUUUGAAGCAAGUUUUAAUGACCCAAGUUAAAGCUUUGCAACCUUGACUUUAAUUGGGUCGUUCUAGUGUUUCUUUAGUGGGUAAGCACCCUUGUGAGCAUUUUGUUGGAAGUAGAACAUGUAAUUAGGUAGUAAAACUUUUGCAAGCUUUGUCUUAGUUUAAAAUGCCAGCCAACACGUUGAACAGAUUGUGACAAUGAUUUUUUGAUCAGUGAUUUGAUUCCUACUUACAAUGGUUGUUCUGAUUUAUUCAUGAGUAAAAUUCUCACUGCAUCUGCAAUCUAAAAAGGUCUUCCUUUAUCUCCCAAUUAUUACAUAUUUAUGACAGAUGAAAAAUACAAGGCGAGAAAAAAAUUAAUUUUAGUGCAGACUUAUUAAAUCUCUCAAAAGAUAAAAUAGAUGAUGUAAAAAAAAAAAUCACUAGUUACUUGUAAGCAAGUUAUUUUUUUUUAUUUUAUUUGAAAAUGAUAUUAGUUUUCAACAGUGUAAGUAAACAGAACAUUGAAGUGGGUUUGAAGUGGUCAUGGUGCCUGGAGUCUGUAUGUGCAGUGUUUAUCUGUGAAAUGCUGCACAUACAGAGUUUAAGCCCUUUUCUGCCGGUUUUGGAGUUACACGUCCGGCGGCAAAGGGGUUAAAGUGUGUGUGUGUGUGUGUGUGUCUCUGUCUUACUGUCACAUUUCACAGCAUCAUUAGCCAGUCUAGAACAAGACUUAAUUCUUUGCACAUGUCUGUACGCAGUGCUCAUUUAUUGGCUGAGAAUGGUCAGCUGGCACUCUCAGCCAGUCAAUGAACAACAGGAUUGGCAUGGAAGCCGGAUGUCAUAAUUCUGCCUAAUGAGAGCCUGAGUGUCCUGGUGGUACACAGGUAAGAGGGCAAACUGUAAAACGAUUUGCCCCAUUACCAGAAAAUGGGCUAGGUUAUCUUCUAGCACGUCUCCCAACCGUCCUGAAUUCGGCUGGACAGUCCCAAUUUUCUGGUCCAGUCCGGCCUUAGUUCCCUGCUGUCCAACUUUUGGGGACACUAGGAAACUUCCCCCAACAAUCAAAGCAUAAUCGCAUUAAUAGAGGAUCUUGCGCUACGAUUAGGGCACAGUUUCAGUGCUUCCUGCAAGGUCUGCCCUAGUUGAGCCUGCCUGCAUGAGUGACAUUAACUUGAGUGGGCACGCCCCUUUUCUGGUGGGUCUGCCCCUUUGGGGUCUAGCUAGUGAUGUAAUUGUGUCACUGGACUUUCCCUUUUAGCUACCUGGCGUCGCGAUUCUCGGCAAGCUCAAGUGGUUACAAUGUUUGGAGUAACCUUUUAACACUAAGCACAAAAUAUAAAAAAUAAAUACAAUAAAGCCUUAAUGAAGGAGUCUACAAGGGCAUUAGUCAAGUUAAUUUUAAUAAAGAAUAUCUACAGUAUGUGUGUUUGUGUGUGUGUGUAUAUGUAUGUAUAUAUAUAUUAUAAAUGCCUUCUUGAGCACAGCUGAACUGUAAAUGUUGUAUAUAUUUUAUCUUCUCUUUAGUAAUCUGUAAAUGCGUACAGUUACCCCCUUCUUUGAACUAAUAUCCCGUGCCGACUUUUAGGAUUGUUAGUUAAUGGGAUAUGUCGCCCAUAAAUAUUUCCUUAGCCAAGGUUAACCAGGUAGAAUAAAUCUGACACGUAAGGUGUCAAAUAUAGAGAAUACAAUGCUGGUUGUGGCUCUCGAAUCUCAUGGUAAGGAUUGAUUAAAUAGAUUAUGAUAUCAACGUGUUGUCUUUAUUUUUUUUUCUUCCAGGGAAUGUCUCCGUUCAACAAGAACAGUGGUCUCCCAAAUAUCACCUUCCGAUACGAUAGUAAGUUUGUAGCACUCUUGUGUACGUGUAGCUAUAAAUUGUCAAUCUAAUUCAAUUUAAAGUCUGAAUAUAUUAAGACUAUCGCUGAGUUUGUUUCAUCAAUAUCUGAUUCCAAGCGUAAAAUGUAGGUAACCACACUGUCCGUUUUUUAUUGGAAUGUUAGUUCUGCUCUUUAAUGCCACUAAUUGCAAUAAUUCAAAUAAAAUUCAGGGCAGUCUGUGCCACACUCUGCAUAAAUGGAAAGGGCUUGUAUCAUUUUAGUAGCCAUGUAUUGUUGAUGUGCUAGAGGUUUCCUGCUGGUUUGAAUAGAUAUGGCCUUUUAAUAUCAUAAACGUAAAUACCAGGGUCCAUGCUGCAGUUGCAUAUAAUGCAAGAGGGGAACACAAAUGGCAUGCAAUAACAAUAAGGACAUUAUUGCAGUUAUUCUUAUUAUAUACUUUUUGAGUUGGUGUUUCUCUCCUCCCCUGCCCACAAUAAAAAAAUAAAAAUAAAAAAUCACCAUGUGUAGGAUUAGACUAGGGUGUGAAUCAAGCUUUUGUCUGCUUCAUGUUUCUAAACUUUAAUCUCGCUCACUAAAAUUCUUUCUCCCCUUUCCUAGAUUGCACAUCUUCCUUUAAUUUUGUGGGAAAACAUCUGAUUGCUGACGUCCAGAACAUCUCGAUCAGUCAGUACGCAUGUAAUGACCAAGUGGCAGUGUCUGUUCUCUGGACUCCAAAUGCUAUAGGUAAAACUUCAAAAUAUUCUAGCCUAGUGUAAUUUUUUUUAUAGAACAAAUUAAAGACUUCUGUUACAAGUCUGGCAGCUACUCUAGGGCUACUGAAUAGUGUUUAGAAAUAUCUGUAACACCAUAAUAAAGGUUACUUUCAGAGUUGGUUUCAUAUUUUAACUUGAUUCUUUAUAUAUAUUCUCUAACGUUAGGGGUUACCUGUAGCACUUCAUUUAGCAUUACAUUUUGCCCCAUACUAAACAUUAAUAGACCACUUACAUUUUCUUUGUCCCCAAUACUGUAUAACAAGCUGGGCUACUUCUGUUCAAACUCCAACCAUCCCUCUAGUAGCCAAAACUGGUAAGUCACAGUUCAUCAAACCUGUUCUUGUAUAAUAUAAAUGGUAUUUAUAAUGCCAGUACUCACUUUAAGAUGGCCAGGGUGUUUUAUAUUGUUUGGCCCAUUUCCCUGACAGCGUUAAUAGAGGUAAAUAUCAAAUAAAGAUGCUAAUGCAGUGCAACUCUUUUGUGUUGUAAAUAAUAUUAAUGUAUUCUUAUGAAAUCUAUACAUGCGAAUAACAUUAAUAGUUUAUAUCUUCGUCAGGAGGAGGGACAAGUAUUAUACAGUUAAAACUCUUGCUUUAUAAUGUUUUAUGUGGUUUCCACCCACUCUUUGUGCAGUUAUGAAUUAUAAGCUCUUGUGGCUAUUUAUGGGGUCUGUAAAACAUAUUUUUAUGAGAAACUGAAACUUGGGAAGGGAAACUAAUUUUGCCUCAAAUUUUUAUUGCACUGUGAACGUAGAAAUCUGAAACAUGCAUUUUGCGUGCCUGCUCUUCUCUUCUAUUUUAGCAUUAUUACCCCUUUUUAAAAAAAAUUCAAAAAAAAUAAAAAAAUCACACAUCUUUUUAAAAGUACUAACUGCACCGCUCUGGAAUGUUUUAUUUAACACAACUCAAGCUUCAAAUAUAAACGGUUUACUACUCCAUUAUUGAUUGGAAACGGACACUUAAAAUCUUUAACCUAACAUAGUAGUGCAUUACGUUUGCAAAUAUAUAUGUUAACAUUGGGAAUUUUUAAAAUAUUAGGCAAUGGGGAAGCCAUUCUACUUUGUGCAAUUUACUUCCUGCGUGUCUUUCACUAAUUUCCAACUCUGGUGGAGCUGCUAUCAGUAAAUUUUAAAGUAAAUUGAGAAAUACUUCAAAAUUUCAUGCGUAUGUAUGAUGUGAAGAUUUUUAAUUUAUCUGUAGAUGUCGGCUUUAUUUAGUACGUGCAUAUUGCUAAACACCAGGGACUUGCACACAAUAGUUUUUAACAGAGAGCAGGUAGGGCUAUGGGCCCAGAGGAAUUCACAGGCUGGGGGUUAUGGGCUAUUCCAGAAAUUAAUCCUUUUUCAAUGUAUAAUGCUCUUGCUGGUGGUCCUCUGGAUUUCUCAAAAGGUUAAUGCUUUUCAGUACAUGCAAGUCAGCGUUGCAGCUGUGAAUUCUCAGGUAACAAGAGGGACCAGGGAAGCUCGUUUUCAAGAUCUGCUAGAACAAGCGUCUCUCUUGUUCAUUGAGCUAGGCAUUGUAAUCAGUCCAACUCACACAACGCUCUAUGUAGCCAGGAUCCACCUGUACAUUGUCUUUGUUCAUUGUACCAAAAGGGGGCACACCCUGCAAUGCUUCCACUACUCUACUUCUAACUGAUCCGCAGACAGAAUUCCACUUCUAAAAAGCUCUGUGUGAACAUCCAAAACUGCAGUCCUUGGUUAUUCCGUUUUAUUUAUUUCAUUAAGGGUUAAAACCACCAAUACACUAUUGAUAUUUGCACUGAAGUGUAGUGUUAGUCUGCCAUAAUUAAGGAGUAGCUCUCCAGCUAUGAAGAGACUGCAAGUCCCAUGAUACUCUGUGGUCAGACUAAACAAAAAGGUACAGUGUCCCCAGUUGAGUUGUAGUAGAUUAAUCUAAACUUGUGGAACUAACCAAGUUUAAAAUGUUUAGUAGCGGUUUGAUUUCAGGAGCAGUGCAUACAUUUUAUACAUCCUUUGCUUUGUUUGCUUCCGCAGGCAUCGAAUACCUGAAAGGAUUCCGCGUUGUGUUGGAAGAGCUGAAGUCAGAGGGGAGACUUUGUCAGCAGAUGGUGCUAAAGGACCCUAGACAGCUUAAUGGCACUUUUAAAAAAGUUGUAAGUAUUUAUUUUAUUUUUUUUAAAUCCAUGGUUUUAACCUCUUUCGUUUCUUGUCUCAAGAAUAAAAUAUUAUUUUUGAAACUAACUUUCAAAUAUCACAUCAGUCUGCCAAAAAUGAUGGGGGUUUAUUAGGUAACAGCAAGUUAUGAUAAGAUUAAACGCGCUAAAACGAAUACAAACAUUUUUAUUUUUUAUUUCUUUUAUUUUUAUUUUUUUUCUUUUAUUUUUAUUUUUUUAAAAAAAGAAAAGAAAAAAAAAGGGGAAUCUCAUAAUUAGCGAAAUCAAGACGUAAAUGAAUAAUGUGUGGGGAAAGAAAACACAUUAAAAUUUUUCAAUAGAUGUAACCAACUUUUUUAUAAUCCACAUAUAAGAACCUGCAAAUGCCCCACUUCAUUGUAUUUUGAAAGAUAAGUUGUUCUUUAACUGCAUGCCAGCAGGGAGCUAGAUCCGUCUUCCAGUUUCUAACUACUAUCAUCUUGACUUCAGCCUAAAAUAUGUACAACAAUCAUUGAGGAGGGAUCUAGGAUUUUUUGAGAAUGUAAUUGUAGUAAAAAGACACUAGGGUGACAUGAUACUGAUUAAAUGAAGCAAAGUCUAGAUUUUAAUAUGAAUAUCAUUCCAAAAACGUUGCAUAGGUUGGAAUCCCACCAUAUGUGCAAAAAAAAAAACCCCUCCUUUCUGAACACGUAUCCAGUAUUCUCUCUUCUUUUUAUUAUAAUCUUUUUUCUGUUUGUUCAUUUCUUUUUAGGUAUUGGAAACCCAACCAUUUAUGAACCUGAAAUUUGAAACUGAUUACUUUGUUAAAAUUACUCCAUUUCCUUCUGUUAAAAAUGAAAGCAACUACCAUCCAUUUUUCUUCAGGACACGCAGUGAGUAUUUUGACUCUUUAAAUUGCUGCGCUUUCAGUUAUUAAAGUUUUAAGAUUCAAUGCUACAUAAUCUAAUGCUAUAUAAUCUGGUGAGUUUAUUAUUUAUCACAUUUCACCGAACAUCACAAGUGUGUAUUAGAGCUGUCUCUGUCAUAUACAGGAUCACUUUGCACCUUUUUUGGGGGGACUUGAUAAAUAUGGCACUUCGUGUUUGAUUCCAUGGCUCGGACGCUACAAAAAAAAAAAAAGGAUUCGUAUUUUUCUCUUUUUUGACAAAAACCUAUUUUAGAUUGGAAGUUUGUUGAUAAAUUCCAAUUAUUUUAUUCCUUUUGGGUCUAUAUAGUAAUUCAUUCACAAUGAACAAAAUUAUCCUUUUUAUGAUAGUUUUUUUUACUGUGGAUUUUUGCAUUCUGUUGCUUGCGUUUGUACAUAGACUUAGCUUGCUGUUUAUUUUUUUAUGUUUGUUUCCUACAUCAACAAACGUCUGCUACUGUAAAUAAUAGUAAGUGUAGUAUAGGUUUCUGUGCAUAAGAGUCCGUUGUCCAUAUUGAGAAUGCAAGUUUCCCGUUUCUAGCCGAUUCAAAUAAUGGCUGGGAUCAUUGGAAGGGGCCACUGUGAGGUUAACUGAAGCACGGUCUUUCUAAACAAGCCAAGUGUCUGCUAAAUAAACAGUGCAGGCCCCAGUGAUUUAAUCACAGAAGGCCUAAGGCAUGAAGAGUGUACACUCAUCUGCCAGACUUUUACCACUGGCCACAGUCCAAUCUUUAAACUCAUCCUUUCCACAAGAAUGGAAGAAAACUUUGGCAAGUAUCUGUUCUUUCAUCUUAAGAACAUAUUGUUCUCUUUUUCCUCCACAAUAAAACAAAACGCUUAAUUAAAACUCUGAGCACAGGUAAUAGGCAGUGAGAGAAAAACCGUAAAGAGAACCAUGUUGUAAUUAUUUUAUAAAUGAGCAUUGCACAAAUACCCAGAGAUGUUUCUGUCUGUCUGUCUUUAAUCCUGCGUUUGUACACUCCAUAUGUCCUGUUUUUAAAAGUUUUGCUUCUAUGUAAUCUAAAAGGAGAAAACAAAUUUUAUAUAUGUGUUAAAAUAAUAUAAAUUAUGCAUGGAUAAUUAUUCUGUUCACACAACAGCUAUGUAUUUUGUUACAUUUAGCAUAAUGUAAUGUGUUAUUCCCCCCACCCCCCGUCCUGCAUCUGGAUAGGAUACAUGCAACAGAUUCUACUGCUCUGCGUGUAUGAGUGGGAUUUAAGACUGCCCAUCAAGUAGAAGUAUCACUUGUAGAAUAUAACAGAACUUGCUUUUUACUAAUGAAGUUUAACUGCCGAAUACAACACUUUGCCUGCUCUUAAAUUGUUGCUUUGUAGCUCAUGAGGAACACGAAUAAAGGCAAGGUCCAUGUAGGUGUCAAAGCUUUACAAAACUGUGACAAUUACAAAUAAUUGGUAAUCAGGUUUUCUUUUAAGGAACUUGUGUUUUAAUGUUCAAGGGACACUGUAGGCACCCAGACCUCUUCAGCUCAUUGAAGUGGUCUGGGUGCUGUGUCCCUUUUGCACUCAGUGCUGCAAUGUUUACAUUACGAGAGAUAGUGCCAGAAAUAGUUUUGUAUUCCUGGCACUAUAGUAUCCCUUUAAACUAAACGUUGUAAUAAUUGAGGCAUCUCCCUAUUAGAGAGAAUUAAUAUUCCCCAGCGUGGAGAUAUAUUAGGGUGUAUAAAGUAUUGUGUAUAUGUAUGGUGCUUCAUUUAAUUUCCAGUGAGCAGACAGCCCCUUUCCACUGAGGCUGUUCUUGUAGAAACAAUAUUGUUGGAUGCUGUGAUGCCUGUAAAGAAUGGAUACUGAAUAAUCACCGGCCAGCUCCAUGCAUUUUUAAACCCCAUUCACCAAAUAUCAGUAGAAAUUUAGAAACCAUUGAGAUGUGCAGGAUGGUACAUAGUCAUCAAAUCAAAUCCAUGUAUAUUGAUCUGUGUGUCUUAAACAGAAUGAGAUAUUACAUUUAAUGAGGCUAAUGCUUUCCCUCUCUUUGUGUAAUUCCAGCUUGUGAGACAUUGUUACAACCGGACAGUUUAACCUGCAAACCAUGUAAGUAAUCUAUUUUAUACCAGAUUCUACAGAAGGGACUGAGACCAAAUGGAUCGUAACCAAUCUCUACUUUGUUCACAGAUUGGAGGCCAAAAAAUGUGACUGUGACUCAACAAGGCAUCAGCAUUCAAGUGUCCUUCGACCACGCUCCCUACUCCUUUGGUUUUCAUAGCUAUCACGUGAAUUAUAAGCCUAAACAUGACUCUUCCUUUAAACAAAAGAUCUGCAGACAGGUAUAAAUAUCUACUUGUUGCCCAUAGUGUUCUGACUGUUUGUGUGUAGAAAUACCAAUGAUUAAGCGCAUAUAGCUGCUCAAUGUCUCCAACACUUUUUGGCAACAUGGCUGUGGCACUGAAUUUGGUUCUUGUUUUUAUGAAUGCCCAAAAUACAAAAUAAAUUAAAAAUCACUGUUUUGUAGAUCUACACCAAAUGACAACAUGCAUGCAUUUAAUUCCACUUUUUUUAUUGGAGUUGUAACUAAAACCAGCUUGUAAAGCUGCAGUUCUUUUGUUUGUUUGCCUUGGCAAAUCCUCUAACACUGCCCAUACUUUGUGGCUUUUCAACCACAGACUUCACAAUGCAGCUCAAAACAAGUUUUUGUAAGGCAAGUGCUGCCUCUUGAGUUUAGCUUUACUGAACUAACCAGACCAGGAAGUAACAGGGCCGGCUGUCUGACAGCCAGAUGGGGUGUAACCGGGUUAAUUUAGAAAAUUGUCAAUUUCUAUCGAAAUCUGCACCUUUUUGAAAAUGGAAAAACCGUGGACACACUCUUCACACAUAAAGCUUUUCAGCAAGUAGGGAUCUGGAGUGUCUCUUUAAGACGUUUUUUUCAAUAAAAAUUGUAAUAAAGUUAAUUGAAAACCAAACUUCAGAAUCUAGGGUAAAACAUCUGAGAUCGAAAAAACAAACACACAUCCAGCUCUGCUAUAAUUAUAUCUUGCCUAUUGUAGCCUGAAUUUCUCAAUUUACUACAUUCCAGAGAUUUCACCAUUUUAAACUCCAUUGUAUUAAGAACAAAAGCUGGCCGUGCUUUCCACAAGGCAAAGUACCUUUUUAAAUUAGUAUAUAAAAUAUUCAUAAAUCACCUUACAAGUAUGUUAUCACGAAAAUAACUCAAAUGCUCGUUUCCAACUGUUAACAGCACUUAAACUACUGUGUGGUUUCCAUCGACCUAUCUUGUUUUCUCUAUAGAUUUGUAAAUUUUCCUUAAAUUUGAUUAUUUUAUAGAACAGUAGUUUACAGAUUUGCACAAUAUAAAUUCAAUCUAAAACACAUUUCUAAAAGAAAAAAGUUAUUCAUUACUUUAUUUGUUUCGGUUUUAGCUCUACUUUUAAAACUGUGUGUUUUCUAUAAAUUGAAGGGCUUUAACUACACAAGAACCUUCGUUGAAAUUUAAACCAGACCGACAUGUAAAGCAAUUUGAAAGGGGGCAGCAACAUGGUUCUGCUUCUAUGUCAAGAUAUUUGGUCUUGGAGGUGGAAGGAUUAACCCAUUUCUGUAUGUUAAUCCUACUUAUAACCAUAUAGCUAAUUUCUCCUCCCUUACUAUCACUGGUUAACGUUUUGCACAGCACAUUAACCCACGAUUGCCAAGUGCGAAUCGGACAAACAGAGAGAGAAACAUCUCUGAAAAUGAAAACAUUUUGACAAAAUUAACACAAGUUCAUUCCUACGUAUUGGAUCAUAAAACAGGAUUGUCAAACAGCAUUGUGGGUCAUCUCAGUGGAAAAUGCACAGCACCAUUCUCUAUGGACGUGGCUGUGUAGGAAUAAUAGUCCGUAGAACUUUGGCAACGUGGUGUGCUGAAAUCAUAAAAUAUUCUCCACUCCAAACUAAAAGGCAGUGUGCAGAGAGUGUGAAUUUUUUUUUUAUUGCUUUCAUUUCAUUUAACAAAGCCCUGGUGUUCUUUCCUUUCUCUAUUCUGAGGAUUGGAUGUCAGAGGCAGUCAGUCCAAUAACUGGAAACCGACUGAGUAAGCCAAAGCAGGCCGGAAGCUGUGAAACCUUUUGUCUUACAGUUCCGGUAUUCUAAAAGCUCUUGUGGUUUUACCAACCCGGCCUUGUCUUGGCUACAUUCACUCGCAGGGGAAAUAUCAUCCUCCAUUUCCAAGGCUAAAUUUUGGGCCGAUUUCAUAGCCGAACUGAAUUCCCAUUGACCUCAUUGUGCUGCUUUAGUUGUGAAGCGGAGCGAUCAUGAGACGCAUGUUUGGCACGCCAUGCCGCACUCGUUUACAAACCCUGCCCUAGCCUUCCCUGAAUAUUUUAUUUUUUAUUGAAGCGUAUUUAGUAUGGGUGUGUUAUUUUAUUUUACAUUUUGCAAUGUAACAAUGAUUGAAAAUCUGCUUCAUAUAUUAUUUUAGGUGCUAAAUACAGAUUAUUCAACCUGUCUGCUCCAAAAUGUGUCUCCUGGGGAUUACGUGAUUGAGGUAAAACUACAAUGUUUUUAAUUUAUUUGUAUAUGAACAAUGUAACCUUAGUCUGAGUUCUUAUUACUAAAUAAUUAUAUAAGCUCUUUCAAGCAGGGUCCUCAUCAAUCUGUUCCUGUAACAUUUUGUAAUUGUCUCACAUAUUGUUGAAUUUCCCCCUUUAUACUAUUGUAAAUAAAGCGCUGCGGAAUCAGUUAAUGCUAUAUAAAUGCCAAUAAUAAUAAUAAUAUAUAUCUGCAUUUCAAAACAAUACUGGAUGAUUUUAUUGGCACCGCUUAGUGAGUAUUGACCUGACUUUUAUUCUGAGCAUUGAGAAUAUUGCUGCGUGCAUAAGAGGUUAUGGAACUUUUUGGACAUUGCACCAUAUAAUAGGCUGUCCUACCAAACUCUUGCCUUUUAAUACAAAAAAGAGAAAACAAAACACUUUUUGUUUCCUAUUUGAAUGUUUUUUUUCCCACUAAAGUGCAAGUUCGUCAUUGAGGACAGGGCAGGAAUUUGUUAUGCAAAAAACAGCAAAACAGUAAUAACACAUAAUUAUUAUUUUUUUUUUUUAAAGUUUAUCAAACCUUUACACUGAAGCAAUGUGACUACAAAUUUGAAUAAUGCUUUGUUUUGUUUCUCUAUGUAGCUUAUAGACGAUACAAACACGACGAGGAAAUCCAUGCAGUACACAUUAAAACCAGGCAAGUAGCACUCGUCCCUUUAGAACACACAGAAUAUAGAUAUCCUCCCACACACAUAAUGUUUUAAUCUGACACAUAAUGUGCACUGAUUUACUUUUAACACUAGCUCUGCUUCAUUAUUGUCACUUUCCAUGACAGGCCUGCUUUAUUUUGGGGGUUUUUCUUUCACACAGGGAAUUAGUCAAAUGUACAGAAAGGGCAGAUGGCGUUGGCAAUGACUCUUUAAACUAUUUAAAAAUGAAUAUCGAAAUAGCACUGUGAAAAAUUAACACAUUUUUAAGUAACUUUUUAUGCAUGCUUUUGCAAUUAAAGUUAUACCCAUUUCUCCUUGAGAUUACUGUCCCACUGUUCCUUUUACUAUGCCCCCUCCCGUGAGAUUCUUCCUACUUAUACAUAGACUGUAUUCAUUCCUCCAUGGAAUAAAGCUGUUCGCCCACAGACCUUGAAAACGUGCCCAUUAACAUUAAUUUAUUAUCUUUGAUCCUGAUAUUCAUCCGAUUCACUCUGUCCAUUCACUGAGAAUACACCCACUCAGCUUGACAUUAUUGCCAUUCACCUAGAGCCACAGAGAAUCUGCCCAUUCACUCUAUUACUGAGAUAAAAUUCCCCAGGAUCUGUGUGAAUCCUUGAGUGUUCUAUGUAGGAUAAACGUAACAAAAUACAUACUUCAGGGCUGUAUUUGAACUGACAAAGUUUAGAAGUCUGUAUUUUUCAUAGGUGCCCUAUAUAACCCAUAACCUUGGUAACCCUAAUUUCCUGCCGGGUUUAGGAUUAGCUACUGUUUGUGCCAAGUACUUUGGUUAAGAAUAAAAUCAAUUGUGUAACAUUUUUGCCUUAUCUCUUACAGUUCAUUCUCCUUGGGCCGGUCCGAUAAGGGCUAUUGCCAUCACCGUUCCGUUGGUCAUCAUAUCUGCCUUUGCCACACUGUUCACCGUAAUGUGCAGGAAAAAACAACAAGGUACAUUCCUGUAAAAUGUAAAACAAGCCUAUAAUCCUUAUUUGUAUGUUGACUUGAUAAAUAUUAAUUUAAGGAGUGGGUCCUUUUUUAUUUAUUUAUUUUUUAUCAAUUUCCUUUAACUUACCAUAUUUAUCGGCGUAUAACACGCACCGGCGUAUAACACGCACCUCAUUUUAAGAAAGAAAUUUCAGGAAAAAAAACCUUAAAUUUCAAAUCAAGAACUUCUUACCCCCAUUUCUUAUUCCCCCCCCUCUUCUUUCCCCCCUCCCCCUCUAUUUACCCCCUUCUUACCCACCUCCCCCUCUUCUUAUUCCCCCCCCUCUUCUUACCCCCUCCCCUGUAGCGUGGCCGAGCUGCUCUGCUGUCCGCGGUGGCCGGCCGGAGUGAUAGGAAGGUGCACGCUCAGUGUGCACCUUCCUGUCAGUCCGACCGGGUACAGGAAACAGAAACGCGCGGAACAGGAGUUUCUGUUUCCUGUACCCGGUCUAUCACUCCGGCUGGCCACCGCGGACAGCAGAGCAGCUCGGCCACGCUACAGGAGAGGUGAGAACCAACUGCAGCCGCCUGACCGCUCUUGACAGAGCGCUCAGGCGGCUGCAGCAUUUAAAGGGCCGGCGUAUAACACACACCCAUAAUUUGCCCCCUAUUUUCAGGGGAAAAAAGUGCGUGUUAUACGCCGAUAAAUACGGUACUUUGUUGCAGAAUUGUUUCGAGCUUAAUGGUAAUAUGCAGAAUUGCUUUUACUAACUUGCCUUGUUUUUCUAGAAAAUAUCUACUCCCACCUCGAUGAAGAAAGCUCAGAAUCUUCAACAUACGCUGGAGCUCAUCAUGUUGAAAAACCAAGGCCGCGGCCAAGGGUCCUUAUUUGUUAUUCCAAUAAAGAUUGCCAAAAGCACAUAAACGUGAUUCAGUGCUUUGCCUACUUUCUGCAGGAUUUCUGUGGAUGUGAAGUAAGUUCCUAUGGAAAGAAAACAAUGUUCAUUUCAUCAAUUUUUUUUUUUUUUUUUUAAAUCAAUCAGUCUGUGAAUGAUCUUAGUGUUUCUCUUUCCAUCUACUUAUUUGUCCAUUAUUGUAAAUAAGAAAAUCCUUUAUGUAAAUAUAUGUAUACCUGGCUUAAUAAUGUUUACAAGAUAGAAUGGGCUUUACAGCUUCCUUUGAAAUUUGUAUGCAUUCCAUCGUAUAAUACCAGAGCGACCUCCAGUGGUAUUUAAUGGGUACUGCCUUUUGUUUUCUGCAAGCAUAAUUUGAACAGACAACAAAACAGCCUUUGCAUGGGUUUAUGGAAGCAAGCUCAUAGCAUUUGUCAGUAGGAUUGCUAUUGUUACUGGGCGUUAAAUAACGUGCUUUUUGUAUGUAAUGUUGCUAGAAUAGUACUUGAAAAUCUGAAGGAUCAGGAAUUGUAAGGUAUUAAUCAAGGAUAGUGGUCAUGAAGAUUUUUCGAAUAUCAGGAAAUUUAGCAUUCACUGUUGUUGUGUAUGUCAGAAUAACAUAUUGCCUUUGUAUUGACGCUAAAGAUUGGGUGACUGUUAAUAUUUAGGCACUAUAAGGUUGGGAGCAUACUUUCCAAAUGUCCUGCAUCUGGCAGGACAGACCCAAUUUGGGACACCCAUGUCUCACCACUCUGUGUCAUCAUAAGCUAGUUCUCGACAAUACUUCUAUAUAAUUCCAUUACUAAUUGCCCUUGCACUGUGUGAGCUUACUUCAUGACAUUUGUGUUGCCUAAAGCUUGCCACAAGAUGGCACUCCCCAUUUCUAACCUAUGUAACAUAUAUUGCGACACAGACCCCCACUCAUAUCAACUUUAUACCUUCCAAGCUGGGAAAUAUGUGUCAAUAGAAUAGUGUUUUGAGUUGCUGUUAUCUUUGUGGGGGGGGGGGGUUCCUGCAUUAUGAGGAAAAAACAAACUUGUAUAGAGUUAUGGGUAAUCAAGGCUCUUAGUUUAAAUUAAUUAAUGUAGUGACUACAGAAGAUGAAGUGAAAUGUAUCUCCUAUAAAUUGAUAGCAAUGAUAGCCUUCAUUAUGCCAGUUCAUAUUAAGUCCCAUGUUAUUCAAUGAUGGCUUACUUUUCAGUACGAGCAACAAUGUCUCUUCUAUCAGGCCAUUUAGUGGAAUUAAAAUCAUACCCAAGACGCAACAUAAGCAUCGAAGAUCUUUUUCAAAUUAAUCUUUUCAUUAAUUUGUUAGAUUUUUUUUUAACACAUUUGUACUAGAGGAUGAAUUAACCCCCUCUCUUUCUGGCAGGUUUCUUUAGACUUGUGGGAGAACCUGAAGAUUUGCAAAGAGGGACAGAAGGAGUGGCUAAAACAGAAGAUCAAGGAGGUUCAGUAUAUCCUGAUUGUCUGUUCCAAAGGGAUGAAAUAUUUUGUGGAAAAGAAGAAGAAAAAGCAUAAGGGGGUGAGCUUCGAGGCUGGCACAGGGGAGCUAUUUGUAAGUGCCAUGUCCAUGAUCUCUGAGAAACUGACCAAAGCCCAGGACUGUUCAGAUGACCUUUCCAAAUUCAUCACUGUGUACUUUGAUUACUCCAAUGAAAAUGACAUCCUCGGCAUCCUUGAGCCUACAAAGAAAUAUAAACUAAUGGACCACCUUCCACAACUAUACUAUCACUUGUACUCCAAGGAGUUGGCAAACCAUGAUCCGGAUCAGUACCCAACGAACAUCAGCAAAAGAAACUACUUCCGCAGCAAAUCCGGACGUGCUCUAUACGUUGCGAUCUGCAACAUGCACCAGUAUAUAGAUCAAGAACCCGACUGGUUUGAGAAACAAUACGUUCCUUCCCAUCCCCAGACUCUUCACCACCACGAACCAGUUAUGGAAAAAUUUGACUCUGGAUUGGUUCUUAAUGAUGUAACUGGGAAACCUGUAGCAGAAAACGAUAUUUCUGUGAAAGCAGACAUCGUGGUGCCUGGGAACAUUCAAGCUGCUCAGAAUAAGACUGUUGCUGAUGCAGAAGAUACCGAAAUUCAGGAUUCACUUGCUGGUAACUGCGUCUUUCACCCAGUAUUACACUCCGUCAAAGUCGUCAACCAGGCUGACAUGCCUAGGGAUUCUGGAAUUUAUGACUCUUCGGUUCCUUCCUCUGAACUGUCAUUACCUUUAAUGGAUGGACUAUCCACGGACCAUGUAGAAACGUCUUCUAUUGCAGAAAGCGUUUCUUCGUCAUCAGGAUUAGGUAUUGUAUAUUCCCAGAAAAUUGUAGGCACAUUUUCCUCCUCUUAGCUUUUGUUUUCCUCCACACCUGUUUAAUUUAAUGUAUUACACACUUUUUUUGUACUGGUGUUCUAGUGGGCAAAAAGUGGAGAGCUGUACUACAUCCUGGUUUUACAGCAUUUUUAAAUCAUCUGCAUUCAAGAUCUCCAUAUAUUCUAAAGAAUGCCUAAGAUAUGCACUCGUGCUUUAGUAAAUAAACUGCUUUAACAUUUAUUUGUUUAACAGAAAAUGGUCACUGAUUUAUGUUUCUGUGUUUGCUUUACAGGAGAAGAGGAGCCCUCUAUCCCUAAAUCAGUGGUGUAUGGAGUGUGUAAAGCAGAGCUUCACUGCCACAACCACCCCGAUGAGCUGCCAGCAAUCGCACCUUUGUAGCCUAGUCCUGUGGUUAACCUUUUAUCUGCCAGAAGGACCUGCCAAACCAGCCCUCCCCAUGGCAGUGAAUGUGUUAAUAUGCAUUGCCACUUUAAGAGACAGGUCCUGACCAUACUUGAAAACAAAAACCCUUGUUGAAAAGCUUGGGACCGUUUGAUAAACUAGCAAAAUCAGCUUCUGGACUUUUAGAUUGCCAAUCUUGUUACAACACAUUAUUCAUGAAAGAUAAUAGUUCCUAUUGUCUAGGACCCCUAUAAUAUGCACAUUUAUAACAAAACCGUUCUGCUAUGGAUGAUGCUCCUCCACAGUUUAGACUUGUUCAGCCAAUAUAUUCCCUGACAAAUCGCCUGACUGCCCAUGGAAGGAUUCAAUUGUGAAAGUGAGGCAUUUGUUAGGCUUUGUCCCUAAAAUGGAUAGGUGCAGUGCACUUUGAACCAACGGGAGUAUUUCGACAGAAUCACCCGAGAUUCCGGAAGACUCAAACGCAUGUCCAUACCAUAUAAUUGUUCCAUUUUAGUCAAGUAUCUUCUAAUUCUGUACCACUGUGGCAAAUGUAGUCCCAGACAAGAAUGACUGUUAUAUAAUACAAAGUACUAUAAUUAAUAAUGCAGCAGAACAAAACACAGAUUUAUUACAUCAUUUUAUUUUAUCUGGUGAAAUUUGCAUUCGUUAAUAGAGCAUUACAUGUUGUCUACUUGUUGUGUUACCGUUUUUAAGAUAAUACUAACUUUACCUGUGUAGAGUUUCUGCACUAUUUUAUUGCUCAGUGUAGAUUUAUUCAUCAACAUUUGUAUUUCAAUCCCCUACGCUCUCGCCUCCCUCACUUGGUGUCUGUUACUUUCAUCUGUAAUGAGAUUGUCCUCCUCAUUUGCAUUUGCUCUCCCACAAUCUCUCCUACAAACUAUACCACUGGAGCUAUUUUUCACUCCUACAGUCAAUUUCUUACCCUGUUCCCUAAUAGCCAUUUGUCAUCCAGUACCAAUAUUUCCACCCUCCCCAACACAUGCUCUUGUUACCCCAAGCCACUUCCCUUUCGUAAUAUAGACACAUUCCAUUCCUUAUUUUAUCAGUAUCAUGUCAAGUGUUCUUAUUAGCCACUGUAGAUUGCGCCCACCCAGUAUUAACAUCCUCUUCCUCUCACGCCACAUUAAAUAUCACCAUAACCUGAACUGCAUUAAAUUACCUCCAUUCCACAGUCACAUUAAAUUAAUUCUCACCUAUAGCCACUACACAGAGCUAAAUCCUGUCACUUCUUAACCCCCAAUGGUACUAUUUCCCAGAAGACACAACUGUGCAUGUUCCAACAGCCGACACUACUCCCCUUUUGUGUGAGGCCUACUGAGUGUCAGUACAAUAGUAUUCGCAUCAGUAGGAGUCUGCCACAAAUCUUCCAAACAUUUGAUGUAAACAACUUUUUUUGAAAAUGUUAAUUAUUGUUCAUUUUAGAUUUCUGACACAAGAUGUUUACUUCCCAGUAGGAGACUGCUUCACUUGUGUUUUUGUAAUAAUAUGUUUGUUAGACUGAAGUCUGUUAAAAGAGCUUAAAUUAUUCAGUUCUAUCUUUUUGGUUAAAUUGUUAGCACAACAUGUAGAAAAUAUUGUGUGUUUAAUGAGUGCAAAAUUUCACGGUUCCAUUCAGAAUAUUUUAUUGCUAAAAAUCAGCCUUUAUUUAGAGUCUCAGAAUAUUGCAAUAAUCGCGAUUAUACCAUGGUACUAGAUCACACAAAUUACAAAAAAAUGCAUGUUAUGCAUGGUACUAGAGCUACAAAUAACUUUUUUAUUUUAUUUUUUUUAAACUUGGUCACACAAGCUCUGUAUAUUUGAAAUUGAAGUACGGAAUGCUGGGACAUUCGAUGAUUGUUUAAGGAUAAUUGUGCUUGCCAUUACAGUAUCAGAAAUUUCAAGUAACACUAAGAAUACUAAUGCUGCCCUCUAGUGUUCAGGUUGAGCAGUACAGGGAAUAGAACAUAGUGAAGACGCUGGACCGAAUGCCACAUUUAGUUUGCUAUAGUGCCUUAUUUAAGGAUCACCAGACCUUGCAAUUAGUUUUACAACCUUGGCCUUGUGCCUUUUUUAAUGGAAUAGUUGUGGCAAGCAGGAAACAUAAGAACAAUGCAAUGUUCUAAAGACGUUAAUGGGUCUCUGUGGCUUAAGCAGUGUUUACAGGGCUAAGGCAAAACAUUAAACAAAUCUAAACAGUCUUUUGUGCAGUUUAGAAAGUAAAAUGUAUAGAUCAAGAAAGGUUUUCGGCAGUGACUCCUGCUACUUCUGGCACACUUCUCUGCUUCUCCAUAUGGAACUGGUCCAUUGGCAUACAGUGACAGAUAUCACAAUUAAUAUUAUGAUAUCACAAUUAAAAUAUUUUCCAGUGCAUAUGUUUGGUGUAGCUCACCCAACAUUUGAAGGAAGUGAUUAGCCACCAGCUCUUGAACAUGUGAUCAUGAAUAGAGAAGUGCAACAGGAAAAUUCUAUGUGCCGGUAUUUAAAAUAUAAAAUCAAAUACACAUAUUAUUAUUUGGAAUACUAUAAGUAUUAAAAAAGUGUUUUUUUUUUUUUUUUUAAAAAGCCAACUCACAUGGAACAUAUAUGCACAGAACUGUUUUGGUACAUAAAACAAAUGAAUAUUAUUUUUAUAAUUAUGUAACAGUCCAAAAAAAGAGCAAGCAAACCCUGCUUUAAAAAUUGGUGCAAAAGUGUCAUCCGUUUUCUGGUAUUUUAUAUGUAUAUAUAAUUUUUUUUUUUUUUUACAAUUUUGUAAAUAUUGUAGCAAUUUGAAAAGCUGUAGCAAG